GAGGUCUGUGAUGCUUCAGGAGAGGAUGAACGCUGAGGGGAGGAGAGAAAGAGGAAGGGGAGGAGGAAAGAAAACUUGCAGGCACCGCCUGUCAGAUUCUCAGCAGAUCUCAGCAAUUUAUCACAGCCCCGCAUCUAACCCUAAACUGUCUGUAAGUGGAUCAUCCGGGCAGACUGUUUACACAGAGGCUGCAGAGCUGCUCCUGCGCCGUGGACUUUACGCACAGGGAGUUGGUCCGCUGCUGAUGCUGGGGAGAUAAAAACCCUUUAUCUCCCAUCUUCUCUUAUCGCCAUCUCUUCUUUUCUCUUCCCCUCUUGUUCGCAACUGAGUCGACACCGGUGGCUUAUUAUUGGACGCGCUGGAUGGCUGCUGCACUCAGCGAACCGGCGUGAAUCUCUCUAUCAUCAUCUUCACCAUCUUUCUCUGCCUCUGAGCCCCUAAAACAAACCAGCAACUACAGCAACAAUGACAGACCCGGCGACCCAGGAGUCCUACCCUGUCCCAGACCCGACUAUUGUGGAUCCUUGCCCGGCCCCUGUGCGGAACGGCCAGUGCGCCCCAGAUGGCUUCACCAACAACCACCACCAGCAGGUCAAAACCCCCAGCCAGCCCGAGGCGUUAAACACGGACCAGGAGAUGAAAAUCACAGACAGCGUGGAGGGAGAAGGUAACUUUAUCCAUCUUUGUCUUGUUUUUAAAACUUAUAGACGAGCAUGGGAAUGUGUGUGUGGGUGUGUGUGUCUGUUAGGAGGCUGGCUGGGAGGAUGGGAGGGGUAUUUUUACCCGUUAGAGGUAUUUUUAGUCUGCUCUCAUUUGAAUAAUUUAUGACAGUCCUACAUCAGCAAGAUCCAUGUUGCAGUGGAAAAGUUGAAUUCAAUAAUUGAAUCAUUGUUAAAUUGAUUAUAGCUCCCAAAGCCAUUCAUUCAUCCGUUCAUUCAGCUCAGUUUUGAUGCAUACUCUGCCUCUGAGGUCAAAAUCUCUGAUCAGUUAUUCCUGACAACAUGCAGCCAGAGGCAGUCAGUCCCAGAGUCACAGUCAGGUUUCAAAGCUAGAUUUUGGUACCAGCCACAUGCAAACCUCACUAACCCCCCACUUUUGAACCUGUGCUUGGUUUAACAAACCAGUGUGGGGAAUUCUGCUAAUAAAUCCCAGUCAUAAUUUAUGCAAAAAUGCACAAAAGCAGCGAGGCAAAACAUUCCACCAAACAAUUGGAUCUCUGUUGUAAUAGUCUGUGACAUGAAGAGUUUAUAGGGUACGAUUUCAGGGAGUAGUAACAUCAAGUAAACUAAACUGUGUGGCCUGAUUAUACUCAUAAGAUGAGUUAUGCUUUCUAUGACAAAAAUGAAACAAUUACUGAAAAAAAUUAAAUGUACUGACUUCUCAUCCACUAAAAAAAUGAGUAUCCUUGGGCUCUGCUAGUCAUGCUGACGUAUUUAGACAUGUUACUGCUUGUGAAGUUGAAGCUAUUGGAGAAAUUAGACUUGUAUAUUGUAGAAAGCUUUAUUUUUUCUUCUCCCUUUUCUAAUUUUUUUCUUAAUUAUUGCAUUUAUUUAAGUUCUUAAUAUUAGGACCCUUAUUGUUAUAACUGCAUUUUUGCACUUUUUGUCUUGUCUGUGAUGCUGCUGUGACAAAAAAAUUUCCCCCAUGGGGGAUCAAUAAAGGAAUAUUCUAUUCUAUUCUAUUCUAUUCUAAAGGGAUAUUCUGGCAUAAAAUUAAGUUAGUGUUACCCACUCUCUUCCAGCAGCCGCUUGUUUGUACAGAGACCUCAGGUGAGUCCAUUACCGCAGCGGGGUGACGCAGCUGAAGGAAGAAUAUUUAUGAUCAUAUCGUAAUGGAAAUGUAAUCAGACCGAGACACUGAGGCAGAAGAACUCCUGCUUCCACAGUGCAAAAUGAUUAAUAUUAUGAUUAUUACUUCAAGGAAAUGAUGAAGUAAUAAUCAUAAAUGUUCUUCCUUGAGCUGCGUCACCCUGCUGCAGUAAUGGACUCGCCUGAGGUCUGUGUACAAACAUGCAGCUGCUUGAAGAGAGUAGGUGAGAUGUGUUUGGUCUCUUUGCCAAAGAAAUUAGGCAAAGUGAAAAAGAUGUUUGGUGGCUAGUACUAUGUCUUAGACCCUAUAUGUACUGUUGAUGAAGUUAGGUGCUGUUCUGAGUAUUAUUUGUGGCUAUAGAGUGGCUUUUUGGCUGAGUGUGCGGCUCGCCGGGACCGCUGUGUAUUGCUAUUGUGCCGUCGUAACUAAAGUUGGUAUAACUAGAGAAGCGAGCGGUCAACUCUGUGUUACGGUGUGUUUGACCCUAAAUUAAUUUUACGCCCUUUAAGAUGUUGUGAAUACUGUAAGAAUGAUGAUCUCUUCUCAUAAACGUAGCGAAAACCACCCCAAUUUGAAGGUAUAAGUAAUAUCUACCUUCCUCCUAAUAUCUACCUCCUAAAGAUGGAUGAUAGAUCAAUAAAUAUCCUUUAUUCUGUUUUUCAGCUUAUUUAAAAUAUAUAUCAGUGAAGGAUAUUUAAAACCCAUUACUCAAUGACUUUCAGAUAUAGGCCAAAGAUAUAUAAUAAGUCUCAUAGUGGACAGGUUUGAAAAAAGAUUAAAAAAUAGGCAAAAUUUGGCUCUUACAUCACUAAAGCAACUCAGAACAAUCUUUAAUAGAGAUUUUAUACUUUCACAUUUAGAUGUUCAAACUUCUUAUUUUUGAAUAUAGUCUCAAAAUCAUUUUGGAAGCCAGACUUGAAUCAGUGUUGCCAUUAUUCUUCAGUGAUAACAGGGUGGGUCGCACUCAUUCUCAAUAGCAUAGAGAUUCAUAGAUGAGAAAUUAGCGGAAUGCCCCUUUAAUAGCACUGAAUCACCUGCCUUACAUUGCGAUUGUGAUGUCAGGUGAGGUAAUGAAUGAAAACACUACUCACAGACACAGUUAAGGUUAUGAGCAGGCAUCAAGGAGGACUUAACAAAGCUAGAAACAGAUGUAAAAGUAGUGAUCUGAAGAUAAACACACACACACACACACACAUAUUUCAGCACAAUAUAAUAUAUUUCACACAUUCACAGGCGUCUUGUCUGCCUUCCUCCUCCGCUUUCCUCCCUUCUCUCUUAUUUGCAUAAAAAUUGCUGCCAUAGCCGUCUCCUAUGCUGCUUAUCUUGUGUUUCUAUUUGUCUAUCUGUCUUUAAAGAUGAUGUUGAACAGUGAGAGCGUUUAAAACAAAGGCAGCGUUAAGGGUGAAGUACCCAGGCUUCAGCUCCUAGUUUUGUGCUCAGUCAUGUGUUUCCUGGUUUCUUCACUCUCCUAAUACUUGUGGAAAGCGUAUGGUCUCAUUAGGGCCGAUGUCAGAUACUUUUUCUAAAGAAAUCCGUGACAGAAAAAGCUGAAGAAGGACACACAAACAGCACAACGCAGCCCCGUGCCCGUGUGUGUGUUACGUUGGGAUGCAUAAGGAGAUGUCGAGCACAUGCCUCUCUGUCUGAUCCCUCAGCCAGUGAUCAUGUGAGCAAAGUGAUUUAAGCAUGCUGUCUCACUUCCCCCUCUGCCAUACACACACACACAAACACACACACACAGAGGCCACUGGUUGCUGUAAUAGUUUUAACAAAUUGCUGUUUCUCUCAGUAACAAAGUCAACAGCAUGAAAACAAGGAAAACAGUUUGUUAUUCAUGAGUGAAGGGAUCAUAACUCAGUUGAAAACUAUGAUUAUGUCCACAUUAAGAUAUGUAGAUUAACCAUGUCGAUGCAGAGGUUAGAGGAGGUGGUGUGCAAUCGGGUCAUCUGUCAGAUUUUAUACACUCUUUAAAACGAGCUGCUUCUCUAAGAAAUAAUGUGACUAUCUUUUCACAUUCAUGCUGUCUGUCACAGCCAAUGAGUACAACAGCAUACAAUCUGAACUGACCUUGUACCUUCUGAAGGUGUAGAUCUACACUGAGGCUCAUUAACAGGAGUCUGCAUUUUCCCUUUCACAUUAAAAAACACACACACAAGGUUACAUGAAUAUUUCAAAAAUACUGUUUAUAGUUGAGAAAACACUAAGAACUGAGCAGAAUUUAUUCAGCACAGUUUAACAAUGUUGAAUUCAUGUGUGGAGGGUGGCAGAGCUAGCACCAUUUGAGCCUAUCAUCUCACCCUGGUCAGUGACACCAGCUGUCACAGAGUGCAUUAUUGGGCAGAGUACAAAUACAUGUGUAUUUGACUCAGGACAGUGUUAAAUUGGCAUUAGCUUCUCUGUUACACAUUAAAAACACAACAAACAGAGGAAAAGGCUGCAGCACCGAAGCAUCAAACUGUGAAAAAAGGCCAUAAAUACACAGAGAUUUCAGCUUUUUGGCAUCUUUUGUAUUCAUAGUAUGUCUUGCUUUCUCAAUAUCACAUUUCAGAGAACAGUUUAUGUCCAGUAUUCACAUUCUUAGUCCAGCAGCUGGGUAGCAUUGUGAAUCAUACACCCUCCUGUGAGAAGAGCUGCAAUCACAGCAGCGUUGCCUUGAGUCUGAUAAACACUCUGUAUUGAGUGCACACCAGCGUCAUGAGUCUCAUACAGCAGAGCCUGUGGUUGAGAUUAUAUGUGAGUUUGUUUUAGUAUUAGCAGGUAAAAAAAAGAAUCAAGAUUGACUGUAUUGGGAGGUUUAACUUAACUCCUAAAGUAGGGCUGCAUGAUAUUGGAAAAAACUAACAUUGCAAUUUUUUUCAACCCUGUGAUAUAUAUUGCAGUAUUAAAAAAUGCUGAAAUCUUGAAGACAGUUGACUUGCACUGAUCUUACACUCUAUUAGUGAAUGUUAGUAGAAUGGUUUCUGUCUGUCUUAGAGAUAUUUAUAGUUUGCUUUUAUUGUGCAAGGAUGUUAUUGUGGCGACAGAUGAACACAGAACACGUGUUUGGUCGACAUCAUCCUUGUUAUAACCGAAAUAAUUCCAGAUAACUGACGUUUUUGGUGGUUUUCUCUUGUUCGUUUCUCAUUUUGAAAUCGUUGUUGUUACUGGUGUUGUACCGAGAAUCGUAUGAACCUUGCGCACCACUUAUAGUAGAGUGGUCCAUGAAAAUAAUUCUCGGCGGGCAUGCCUUUACCGGCAGCGCCAGCGACUCACUCCAUGUGCAGGGGCGUGGUUUCCUCCUCUCUGAGCUUGAUUGACGGUUUAUGGGGUAAUCUGAUUGGCAACUAAGUAAAGAAUGAAUGUGAUUGGUGGAUCGCUGCACAGCGCGCGCACAGUCACAUGCAGUGUAUCUUAGUCAGCUACCCUUGAAAUUAAAUGAGUUCAUUCCUCUGACAUCGCAGGCUCUGCAAUGUGACUGUUGCGCACACGUACAUCGCGAUGACGACACUCAAACGAUAUAUCGUGCAGCCCUAUCCUGAUGUGUGCUUUAGUGUUCCACCAAUCUAUGUGGAUGUGCUCAGAAACUGUGCAGCAUAAACAUAAGCUAUAGCUACAUCUUAUGUUUGGGUGACCAUGAGAUCUGUGCCUCCUUUUGAACUUCACCACAAAUUCACAGUCAUUUCGAUUCAUUCUUUCUCUCUUAAUCACCAGACGUGUGAUUUCUUUUGACUUUCUGUCCAGUUCAGAGAAAUCUGAGGGGAUUUCACAUCAGCUGGACCGAUGGGUCUGCGAGGUUUUUUGCCAUGAGCGUGUGCCACGAUGACGAAAGGUUCUGUUUGUGGUGUGUCAACGAAUUGCUCAUGUUUUAAUGACUUUAGAGUGAGGAGUAAUAAAUUAUGAAGUCAGGGCUGCUAAGUAUGCACCACAUUAAGACGUCAAGUUAACUCCUCGAGGAGAUUUGCUCAGUAAAGCUACAAGCUGCUUACAGUAUUUGGCAGAUUUCUUAAGUGAUUUUAUUCAAACUCGAUGCUUUCCAUGGUUUUACACAGAUGUUGGCUGCAGAGGUUGUACGUUUAGACACUAAACGUGUUAUUCAACAGAUGUGUGGGUUUGCGUACAAAGUCGUGUCUGAAAGCUAGAAGUUUCCUAGAACGGACAAAAGCCAUUUCAAGAGUCACACGGCUUAGUGAGCAAACUCUGGCAGUCAGUCAAAAACGGUUGGCAGUGCUCGCUGGUGAGAAGCUGUUGAGGGAUCAUAUCCUAGUAACAGCACCAUUUCCCACUGGAUGCCCUGUCUGCAUUGUCUCAUUCUGUCUACACCCACUCCAGACAAACAGCAGAAGAAGUCAAUAACAUGAUGGAUUCAGGGUGAAAAUACCAGCAAUAGAAAGGGGAGGAUAAUCAGAGGAAGCUGACGUGAGGAUUUUGGCUUUUUUUAUUACAUCUUUGCAGGGUUUAUAUUGUGAGCACUAAAAGGUGUUAUCAUUUUACCUUGGAAUGUGGCUUCUCCAGCAGAUUUUACAAUAAGACAGACGCUGUGGUGACUGAUCUGACAGGCAAAGGUCAGCUCUCAAGUCAUGAAGGUUACUUCUCUGUCGCAUUCAGCUGACAAAAAGGGCAAUGUUUGAAUGACAGUUCUCGGAAACCUGUAAUAGUGGAGAUUUUUGGAUCUAGGAGAAAAAUCCAAAAGCUAGAAAUCGAUACAACCUCCACCUCAGGGACUGACAGCCAGGAUAGCCUUGCCCUCUGCUGCUUUGAUUUCUUACUGUCCUGAAUGGGUGCCUCAAAUUCAUGGAUGUGCAGCACAAAACCUCUGCAGUUCUCCUCAGACUCCUAACUCGGUACAAGCAUGUGACUUCUACCGCUCGCUAUUAGCUGUUCUUUCUGGCACAAUUCCCACCACAACAAAAACUGCAACACACACACAACCACACAGGGACGUCUCUGUGGCCCACAUUCAUGCAACCUCUCACCCUGAGACUUCUUGGCCUGCAAGAUGAGUCACAUUAUACUGUUUCUAAACAUAUUUUGUAGUUUUAUUUUGCUCUGCAUCAGGUGAUUGAUCACAAUAUUUGUGCCGAGUGCAAACCAGCUGAUUAUGAGAUGCCAUAACUUAUACUUGCAAAGAGAGAGAGAAGCCCAGUCAGUCUUGCAAAUCAAAUGAUGUGACUACCAGACAAAUGUUAUAAUGAUGAAUCAAAAUAAAAAAAAGGACCCAGUUCAGUAAGUUUCACUUGGAAGAAGAAGGGAGAUUCCUUUAUAACUCUGCAAAACAAAAAUAAAGACACUAGAUAGCCCAUCCUUCGCCCCUUAGGUGUGUAAAAUCUUCUUCAGAAUACUUUUAUUAGAUCGUUAACCUUCUCAGUCUGUCUCAAAAGGUCCAAAGGUUUAAAAAAAGUCUUGUUUUACCUCUAAUUAGUUCCCAUUUCUCCCUGUUUUGUGUCUCCAGACAUUUCACAGGCGACUAUGACGAUAUGAUACUCAGGAAAAAAAACGGAUUGAAUGACAACGGACAACAUUUAAAGCUCUUUCGGGUGGGAAGGUUCAGGGUUAUAAAUAUUGCAUGAAUCUGCAGGGCUUCACCACAUAACAGUGGAAGAGCUGGAGGCUGUUUUGUCUGUGACUUCAGGGGAAAACUUCUCCCAGAAAAAUAAGACAGAGUGUUGAGGAAAUGUAUGCUAAUUGUAUAACUGAGCAAGGGAAGUGUGCCUUAAAUAGACGCUGAGGUGAUAGCAGACGCCUGCAGAUUUCCAAAUGAAGUGUUUCAAAAGAUUUUCUGUGUCAUAUUUGGUGAACCUGAUGUACUUUGAUGGUUUAAUUUAAUAUCUUUGUGGAGCUGUUUUUGUGCAGUAGCUGUAUGUGCCCAGCCCUGCUGCAGUGACACUAGAGUGCUUCAUUUAAGCCUGUGAAGGUCAGUAAGGAAAGUUAAACCUGACUCACUGACUCUGAGCCAUGCAUCAACACUUAGCUGUAAUCUGCGGUAUAACAAGGGUCCCCUCAGGCAUCACGCUGUGUUUGGAGGUAAAACUCAGAUGGUUCAAGACUCUCUUAGGAGGCUGCAGAGAACUCUGAAAAUGAAAGAUACACAGAGAUAGAUAUAUUAAUAUCCAAAACAGAAAAUUAGAAGGUCUUUUGGGGGACUUUUCAGACCAGUUCAUGGAGUAUUUAUGUAGGCCUUAUAGGACAGGACCUCUGACCACCUGUUGCAAGUGAUAGACAACGAGCCAAGACUGCAAACAGGUCAAUUUAGCAUGCUGACUCUUCUACUUCAGAGUCAUGGCAGCAUAUGUUGCUCUUAAACCCACUCAUUUAGCAUUGACGCUGCAUGUGUAAACUGGUCACGCCAUGUGCCUCCAAAUCAUCAGGGAUGCUUUUGAGCUUUGUGCAGACACAAGCUGGGUGGUCCCUCCCUUCUGUAGAGCAGAGGAUAUCGUGUCUAUGAUCUACAUAACAGUCAGAUUUUGAUGUUUUAGACUACAAGACAUUUUUUCCUCUUCACCUUAGUCCAUUUUUGAAUGGCUUGGGCCCAGAGUUUCCAGCAUCAAUCCUCUUUUCAUACAGAUUUAACUUAAAUUUGUCAACGUAGCAACUAACUGUGUUUACAGACUGAUUUCCACUUCAGAGUCUUGUCUGUUUUUAAUGGAGUGCUGUCUCAGGGCCUGAAGGUCAAAGCCACCACUUACUGGCCUCACCCCCUCUGAACAGCGUCUCUGAAUUCUUUAUGAAAUCCUCAAAUCCUUAGCAAUUAAGUGCAAACUGCUGGACUAUUUCCUUACCCAGUCACUAACAGAUGGAUGAACCUCUUCUAUUUACAUAUGAAAGACAAAACUUUUCAAUGUGUUGUCUUAUUACUAUUUUCAAUCUAAUAUUGGCUCUAAAUGAUUUGCAACCAUCAAAUUUUGUUUUUAUCAAAUUUUUACCCAUCAUCCCAACUUUUAUUAAACUAGGUUUGCACAUCCUUGGUGUCAGGAUUCAGUUUUGUGGUAAAUAAAGUGUCUAUAUGGUCAGUUUUGGAUGAUUUUUGGUGUUUUAUUUCAGUUACCAAAAGCCUUCCUGCCUUGGCUUUUGCUCAAAUAGCGUACUUUGUAACCAGAAUAACACACCCGUUUUCUCAUACUGAUCCAAAAUCCUGGACAAAAGUAUUCAUUCAAAAGGCUUGUCUGAAUAUUGUUUGUGGUCUGUAAAACUGUAUUUCGUCACUUUUACGUCAGACUCUCUCUUUGUACAAAUGAAAAGUGUUACAAAGUGUCAAGUGACCAACUUUCUUCCCUCUAGCUGUCCUCAUAAUCACAAGAUAAAACAUCAUAUGAGAAGAUUAAUAACCCUGAAAAAUAAAUAAAGGAUUGUUCUUUUAACAGAGUGAACAUGUUUCUCUGCAGGUCUUCUGGAGAGCAGCAUGCGCCUGAAACCCCACGAGGCUCAGAGCUACAGGAAGAAGGCUCUCUGGGUGUCCUGGAGCUCCAUCGUGGUCACACUCAUACUGGCUGUGGCAGCUUUCAGUAAGAAUUUAAACACUCAUGCAACGUGGAAGCGAGGUUGAUAUUUUCACUGCUGUCGACGGGGGAUUUGCUGUCGUGAGCAGACUGGUUGUGGCAGUUUGUUUCUCAAUUCCCUGUCUCAGAGAUGAUGUUGUCAUCUAAAAGCCUGUAAUAGCACAAGCAUGUAGUCAGUUUUGCACAGAAUUUGAGGUGGAAUAGAUAUAGACAGUGUGAGUUUCACUGCACUGCAGUGGUUAAGUAAGUGACUGUAGGUAUGGAAAUCAAAAUAUCAUGGAAGCUAUAUUUAAAUCAGUGAGAGUCAGCCCUCAUUGACCCUCAUUUUCACUGUAUACCUGACCAUUAAACCAGCAUGUGAACUGACUAAUAGCGUGCUAGACUUGUUAAACAUCGCGAAGCAAAUUGAUCUUAUCGCUAACAGUGAAGUCGUUGCACAUCUUUGACGGAUGACUCUGGACUCUAAAGAUCGUCUUAUUCAGUCAUAAAGUAAGGCAUAUUAAAACUGUACAUGUGAUAUGUCUCUAACUUGAAAUUAGCUUCACAUCUGAAAUUAAUGUAAGCGGCACGACGACACGUAGCACGAUGAGCCUUUUUACUGGCACUGACCUGAUGGAUGUCAUCUCUCCGGAAAAGCGAAUGAAUGAUUCACAGUGAAUUAGAAGUCAAAGAUAAAAACUUCGGACAUUUACGCAAAGCAACAAAAGAGUCUUUGUUCUUAGACGGUGCUGAACUUUCAAACUUUUUAUUCAGAAAAUUCAGUAAGGCAUGUUGCAUGACAUCAAAUCAAAAUUUAAGUUCAUCAGUUGUGUAAUGUCUAUGGUGUUUGUUGGAUGAAAACAAAAGAUGCGUUUGUGGCUCUUAAGUGGCGUAAAGCUGGAGAAUAUCAAUGCAGAGAUACGGUAUAUGUAGUCGGAGCCAAACUUCUUCUAUUACUCGACUGAUGAUCCAAGUUUAUUAGAAUAAAAACGGAUGAUAGCUCUGAAUUUUAUAAUUCUGUCUGGAACCGUUUCUCUUCCCAAAGCUCAUCUGGAAUUUAUUUUAUGUUUUGACUGACACCCUAAGAGAGAAUAAAGUUUAUUUGUAGACCAACUGAUAAAACUAUUAAAUGAAAAGUGUAGUUUUAAGUAAAAAAUGUCACUUUUUCUUUAUAGGUCAGAGUUUCACACAUUUAUGUUACCAAUAAUUGUGUGUGUGCAGCUUUGGGCAAGGAAAUAUACAUCUACUUUUCCCUUGUGUUGCUAAAGGGUGUCGUAAUCAUUUCAGCACGUGUUCCGUCAUCUUAUGAGAUAGGGGGUGUUAAGUAUGCUCUGUGCUGUUGUGUGUGCAACACAGGAUGUUGCUUUGUCAUCCUAGCUAAGCAGCAGCUUUGAGUCACAAUGUGUCCCAGUGCACUGAAACAUUUUGUCUUCUUUAAAGUGUGCCGACUGAACACAACCCAGCUGAAGUGAUGCAUCUUCAUGGAUUCACACUUAAAAGUAGAAAUGAGAGAAACUGCAAAAUGAAAAAUAAAGAAUAAUCCAGAGGAGGCAUGAAUUUGCAGAAUUUCCCUCUUUGUAAUUCAUAUUAUUCAGAAGAAAGGAAUCCCUCAGACUGAACAACAAUUUUUCAAAAAAUAUAAUACAAUACUGAACCUAGAGUGAUGAUAAAAUCUUCACUUCGCAGUGAAGGAGCCUUUUUGCUUGAGAGUUGUUAGAGCCUCAAAAAAAAUCCUUCAUGUGAAUAAAAAAAACACUUAAUUCAAACAGUUCUUUGAAAAACCUUGACAGUCAAAUUUCUGAUGUGUUUUCCCUGGUUGGUCAUUAAUCUUCCUCUGAUGCUCUAAAAUAACUCUGGAUAUGAUGGGAUUUAUCUACAAUGAUGGUGACAAUGUUAAUGUGACCAAAGUUUGUUUUUGAAGUAGUGCUGAUGACAGUGGUGAUGCACCUGCAGCUGCUAAUGAUGCUGAAAACAAUAGAGAUGAUAAUGAGUAUGAGAUGUACAUGAUAAUGCUGCUGCUGAUGGCAAACUUAAUAAUGCUGUUGGUAAUUAUGACAACAGUAAUAAGGAUGAAGAUUAAGGAAUGGCAGUGAUGAGAAUGAUGUAAAAUGUAGUCAUUAUGGUUGAAAUGAUGGUGAUUAGGUUAAUAAUUCUAAUGAUAAUGAUGACAAUGAAGAUGACAAUAAUAAUGAUGACAAUGAAGAUGACAAUAAUAAUGAUGAGAAUGAAGAUGAUAAUGAUGAUGAGGGUAAUGAUGAUAAUGAUGGUGAUGAUGAUGUUGAUGGUAAUGAUGAUAAUGGUAAUGAUGAUGAUGGUGAUGCUGAAAAUGAUGGUGUUGAUUAUGAUGGUAAUGAUGAUGAUGAUGAUAGUGAUGGUGAUGAUGGGUAUGAAUAUGAUAAUGAAGAUGAUGGUGACAAUGGUGAUAACGAUGAUGGUGAUAAUGGCGAUGGUAAUGAUGAUGGAAAAGAUGAUGAUGAUGAUGAUGAUAACGACGAUGCUAAUGAUGAUGACACUAGAAAUGAUGAUGGUGAUGACGAUGGUUAUGAUGAUUGUGAUGGUGGUAAUGAUGAUGAUGAUAGAAAUGAUGAUGUGAUGGUGAUGAAAAUGAUGAUGGUAAUGAUGAUGAUGAUGAUGGUGAUGAUGGUAAUGAUGAUGAUGGUGAUGAUGAUGAUGAUGGUAAUGAUGGUAAUGAUGGUAAUGAUGAUGAUAAUUGAAAUGAUGAUGGUGAUGAAAAUCAUGAUGAUGGUGAUGGUGGUGAUGCUGGUGAUAGUAAUGAUGACUUUGAUGAUGGUGAUGGUUAUGGUAGUGAUGAGAACAAUAAUGAUGAUCAUGAAAGAAAGGGCAUAAAUGUUGGUAUAGAUGGUGAUGAUGACAAUGAUGAUGAUCUUGAUGACAGUGAUGAUGACGGUGAUGAAGUUAUCAUUCUGUGUCUGAAAUAUCAGACUGAUAACAUAUGACACUAUUUCUCUUUUUAAACUUGCUAUGAAACGGCAAUAUAAACAGUUGAAAUCAAUGGAGCCUGUAGGGGAUACAUAACCUUUAGUUUGUGUUUGACACUGGUUGAUUCAUAUCUCUAACUCCUUUAGGACAAACCAGUGCAGGAAAUCAAUUGGAGACAGGCUAUUAAGUAUAAAAAUAUUGAGUCCUCUGCUGCGUGUGUGACUAAUUCCAACAAGACUUGAGCACUAGAUGAUCCACAACAGGAAACUCUGAAAGCUGAGGGAAAUGUUCAAGUUAAGAAAGGUUUAAUAAAGGUGUAGAAACACUCCCCAGUCAGGCAUAACUACAGCCUGUAGUGAUUAAUGAUAGUUUGACAAUAUAGAAUGAAUGCGAAGCUCCAGACACGUGCCUUCUUGGAGAGAAGAGCAGAGGGAGCAGGGUGAGUGAAAGACAGAUGGAUCUGGAGGUGUGAAGUGAGGCUCAGAAAGGUGGGCAGAUACCACGGGAUGAGGCAGGAUGAGUCCUGGCAGGCAGCGUUGGGAAUGGGGUGGUUGUGAUGGCUCAACUUGAAAGAACACCAGCGUGCAGUUUCCUUCCGUCUGUGCCCUAGUUUCUCUCCAGCAACUCUCGCCAUCCUCCGAGUUUUAUCUCCAUCAUCCGGUCAGCAUGUUUCCUUACCCUUUACUUUCUUUACCUCCUCUUUACGUGCUCUCCCACCAUACUCAUCCCUCUGUGCCCCGCUUUAUCUUCUCUGUGCUUCUUUAUCGUUUUUCCUGUGUCUGACCUUCAGCAGUGUUUAACAUUUAGCACGAAAAAGGGUUCAAGACGGAUCCUUUCUCCACUUUACUCUCUAUCGUAUAGGCUUUUAAAUGUCUGGAUCGUCUGAGAGGCUGUCUUUUGUGCUCUCUUGGCUGUUUUUUCACCUGUGAAAGCGAUAUAAGUCUUCUCCACUAGAUAAACUCAAAAAGGUACAAACGUGUAUGUUAUUUGUACAACUGCCUUUAAACUGUCAAACAGAAACAUCUUUUUUGCUCUCUUGGCUUGAUAAACGAAGAACAACACAAGCUUAUAUCACAGUUUUGUGAUGUGUUGAUCAGUGAGAAACCUAAGCACACAGAAACACUGAUCUUUUCCAGGAUGAUAGGAUAAAUAAAGAGCUCUUUACAUACUUUUUAAAUAUACAUGACUCGUGAAAAACUUAAAAAGCAGCUUCUACCUUAAUUUCCUGCUUUGCUAUAAUAGAAAGAAAAAAUCCUAAGUGAUUCAGCAGCAGACACUACCGGCCGCCCACAUAUGUUUAUUUCUGUUGUUUAUGCAAAUAAGUGUCUGAGACAACAGACGUGUCCCAAGACAGUUUUCAUGCUGUCGGCAGUUGAUAGUGUUUUAUUUUUUAUUUUUUAUGCAGUCCUGCCAGCCUUCAAUUAUAUUUAAUCUUGACAUUGGCUGUUUUUGAGCAAUAUUUCCUUUUAUUAUCUGUUCACGCAUCUGUAAGAAAAAUAUCAGGAGAAUAGAAAACAGAUGAGAUGAGAUUAAAAAAAACAGGUUAACCACAUAUAGUCAGUGAACUAAAAACUCUUUGUAGUCUGUCUGCUGUCUGUUUGUGACACUUCAAAAUACUUCCAUACGUACAAUAUAUUCAUACACACCUGUUUAUACAUAUAAGCUGUCAUCGCAUGCACAAAUGUAAUCCCUAACUUUCUCUGUAGAUGAAAAUAUGGGCAUAAAACUAUCAAUACUGAAACUUUUAGAGGUAUCUGCUGAUACCGCUAUUAUACCGAUAAUAUGGUGCAUUGUUAAUCAAAUAAGUGAGAAAAAAUCAUUUUCUUUGCAAAAAAAAAAAGGUUAUUUUUUUUCUUUCUCAUGUUUUAUUUACAAUGCAUCAUUUUUUCUGUAUAUCUGCUUGUUUAAAGCAGUAUUUGGCACUGUUGUCAGUAGCCUGUAUUAGGGCUGGGCGAUAUGGCCGCAAAUCAAUAUCACAAUUUAUUGAUCAGUUCACCUCGAUAACGAUAAAUGGACGAUAACUACUCCACAAGCUGCUCACCCCCUCCCACAUUAACUUUGUCUACUUCAACCGCCGCUCCAGCAGCUACAACUUUUGAACCGUCGUCCAUCUCCUCACCUGUCUUUCCCUCUUUGUUUCGGACUGGAUGGGGUGGAGUCACAUCUUCAACGUGGGACAGUGUGUUAAAGGGACAUGAGACCAUAGCCUACCUACACACAUCCACCGAAUAUUACAUGAGCAAAGUGGUGUUGGUUUUUGUCCUAAAUUUCGGUGUUGGUAAAUUUUCGGUUUAUCGCCCAGCCCUAGCCUGUGUGUCAUCUGCAUGCUAGAGUUUAAACCCCUACAAUCCAAACAAGGAUGUAUUUUUCAAGACUGAUCAAUGACUCUUCAUAUCACCAAAACUGUUUCCAGAUUACAAAACUAUUGACAGCAGUUAUUAAAUAUGACUAUAAACACUUUUGAACUAAUCAGAAGACUUUAGGACAAAUGAUACGACAUAAAAGUCACAUGAGAGAGGGAUCUUACUGCACCCCAUCUGCUUCAGUGGAAAUCAUAUGAUUAUUUAUGGAAAAAAACAAAUAUAUCCUUUGAUUUGCAUCAUAUUUGACUUGAGUGUCUUUGUUCUUUUCCUCUGUGGUGAACUGUGAGAUCAAGUGUGCACUUUCUUGUGUGUUUAGAGCCCGUUUCCUAGAAGGAAACCCCCCACCAGCUGUGUAAGUACCUGAAUAAAUAUCGUUCCAUUUUCAGGUAAUGGGAGAUUUCUGCCUUGCAUUACUGUGAUGCAUUUGUACCACGCCUGCUUAGCGACCACAAGAAAAGCUGAUCCAUAUUCAGGGAGGGGAACAGACUGCACAGCAACAAGGAUGGUUCUCAGAUUGCCUCGCAGGCCUUCAUGGAGCAGGCAAUAGGAGCUGGCCUGUGGACUAAUAGGCUGCCGCGCGAUCAAUCAGCAGCACUGCCAACAAGCAUUUAAUGUUUGAGCAAGGGAAGCUCGGGGUGAGGGAGGAGUAACAGAAGGAGGGAUGGAGGGGUGUGGAGGAAAUCUGAAACUGAGCGGGAGAAAAUGGGGCAGGGAAAAGAGAGUAUGAAGUACAAUUGGUAGUUUUUAAUUUAGAUUUAGUCAUUUUCAGAAAUUGUGCAACAAUCAUGAAAACACUGUAAUAAUAUAUGACAUAGUAUGAUAAUAUAAGAGCUCCAGAUUGUCUUCACACAUCUGGAAACAGUGUGCUGAAGACUGCAUCGUACCGUUUUAUCCCUCUAGAUACUCAUAACUGUGUUUAAACAGUAUUCACACUGUUUGUAAUUCGAAGUGUAUUCAUGUUUGCAACACAAAAGUGGAACUGUUGCUGUAAUUGCUGAAGAGUGUGUGCUUGGAGACCUUUAAUUUAAGCACUUAAGUUUCUACCAACUCUAAGGAAACCAUUACAACAUUCAUUUUUUUGUGCUGUUAUUUGCAAACUGGACUGCCUUCAGAGUCGGGCUCAUUAGAACAGAAAGAUCCUAUUUGCUUCCAAAAUGCAUAUUGGAUUCAUGUAGUUGCCAUAGAGCGAGACCAUCUUUGCUCAACGAUGCAUUUUUUACGUUUGUUAGUGCUUUGAGAUUUGUGUUUCUUCUUAUUCUUCUUUUUUUGGUUUAGUGGAGAGAAAAGCCUGUCAGACUUUCUGUGAAUCCUUCCAUGACUGUGUGAGGAUGAAUGUAAAGAAAGUUAUCCAGGGACAACACACGCUGGAUAUGUUAAGAUAGAAAUAAGGCCAGUAAUAGAUGGAAGAGAAAGACACAGUAGGACUUUAGACGGAGAGAAAGAACAUCUCAUUUGGCAAAGACCUCGAUGCACAGACUGCCGCUCGACUCUUUUUUUCUCUCUUUCUCUGUUUCCUGUUUGCUCUGUUCUUCUUUCUGUCUCUGCAGUAGAGCUGUAAUUACACAGAUUUAACCCAGAUACAUAAAGUAAAAGCCCAAUGUAGUUAUAAAUAAAGCAUCUCUCACAUCUAUCUGUGCCAUGUAGGCAGAAUGGGUUGGUCCAUGCUGGAAAAUUAAAGGUAGCGUCACUUUUGCAUUAACCUGCAACUAAACCCUGGACUGACCAGUUUAUACCUCAUGGUUAGGACAUGGUUCAGCGGUUGUAGGUCUGUGUGCAGACUUGGCUUAGUUAACUGAUUAAAUAAAUUAUGCAAUCCAAAUAAAAAUGCUGUAAGGUCAGGCUGCAGGAUGUUUCAAUUUUAAGUGCACUCACACUGGACUCACACCAAGGGCAUGUAAAAUCAUCUACUUGCUUAAUUCAUGAUAAUCUAGCUGUGUGAAUGAAUAGUAUUUACUCGCUUCAAUCGUGCAUCAGCGGUAAUUUCAAUGGUAAUCCCUGCCAAUUCAACCGGUGAGGUUUUUUACAAUUUACCUGGUAAUCCGACCUCCUCCAGGCAAGCUCCUUAUAAUUCAGGUUUUGGUAAUUGAAAGAAAAGGUAUCAUAUAAUUCAAGGCACCUACACACCGAAAUGAUCAAUUUGUCCUCCAUUUUAGAUACCAGUGAACAACCGUCUGUUUUCAUACGUCACCUGGCAACCUUGGUACUGAUUAGUUAUUGCGAUACGAAUAUCCACUCAAGUUGAGACUUUUUCAGCCCACACCCAAUUCGCGUCAUUCGCAUCGCCAGAGUAGAGGGAGUGUCUAAUCGUGUCUUUGCAUUGACUUGACAUGUAAUUCAUUUGUGCGAAUGAUUUUAUUCAUGCUUCGUGUGUGGAGAUAGUCAGAAGUAGGAUUGCCCCCUGCCCAGCCCCCUGAUUGUUUGCACCCACGUUGCUCCAGACUCGAGGCCUGGACAUGAUUAUGUGUAUCACACAGGUGGCUUUCCUUCAUCGUGUAAUGUCCUUAUUUUGCAAGACAGCAGAUAACAGCAAAGGGAACAACAGAAAUGUGGCUGAAAAGAGCAAUUAUUGAUUACCCACUGAGAGACAGAGCACAGAGAGGGAGAUCUCUGAUCAUGUGCUAGUGUUCAGAUUACGGAUUUGUCUAAUUAUUUCACUGUAUGGUAUUUGUUAAUAUGUCUUAUUGCAAUAUAUCCCAUAAGAGUUGGAAAAAGUGCAUUCAUUUGCAUUCUUUGACGUUAAUGCCCAUUUGUGAAGCUAGCACAGUCUGAAUGCCCAGAUGCUAAACUCCGUUAAUGUCUCCUGCUGCAAUUAGGUUUGACUGAGAUGUGUCCAGAAAAAGUCUGAUAUCACAUUAGUACAGCCUUCGUAGCUGGAUGACAACCAACCAUGACUGACUUGAGCUGGCGAGAAAUAAUACCGACUUUAAACUUGUGUAAAAAGUUCUAAAAGUGUCGAUCAGAUGGAGAUAGGUUUUGUUGAAGAGUGAUGAUAGACUACAGCAGGCGAUAAUGAAAACGUCUGUAAGUAAGAAUGAAGAUAACAGGCCAGAGGAUGAUCAUCCAUUGUGCCGUGCUUCUUUAACUCCGUGAUAAAGUGUUGUAAUAUCAGCUUUCAUCUGCGGUCAUUAGCGAGGCGUUUGCCGACUCCUGCUGCUUCCACUUUCUCAUUUGCUGGAUCUGUAAGAAUAACACAGCCGAGGCAAAAAAACAAAUGAUGAAUCGGAGAAGGCAGAGUGUACACAAUAGAGAUGUUUGCAUUCAGCUGUGCAGUGUAUCUGCAGGCCAUCCAUCAUAACCAGACAGCAACGCACUCGUACCAAUAUCCACCCCCUUCUUCUCUUACUCCACCUCUUCGCUCUAAACCUCCGUCCUUGUUGUCCUCCCGCUUUCUUCCCCAUCUCCUCUCCCUUUCAAACCUCCUUGUUCCAGCUUCUGCUCUCCAUCUUCUAUUUCCUCCACUCUCCAUUCCCACUUGAAGGCCCAACCCCACCAUGGCCCCCACCUCCUGUCUGUCUCAAAAUAGAAAACACAAUCAUUUAUUCAUUUGUUUUCCCUUCCUUCCCGCACGUUCUAUUUUUCACCGGUAAAUACCAGGUUGCCAGCAGGGAGAAGUGCUAGACUAUUAGCCUGUGGUGUUAAACUUUGAAAUGAAAAUCAUUUACUUCCUGUUGUUUCUGUGCAAUUAUUUUUAGGGUGCUCUUAGCUCUUUUGUUUUCCCCUUUGUUGCCUUGUCUGUGUUCUCAUUACCAUAAAUACAGUGGGGUGAUUGUUCCUUUAUUUGUGCUCAAACGCUCCGUUUAUAUUUCGGUACUGUUUUCUGGAUGUGUGUCAUUUCCAUAGUUAUGGGCUAAUUCUGGCUACUCUACAGGAAUAAAUCCCCCCACUCAAAUAAGAAUUAUGGCACAUGUCAUUCACAUCUUAUUUCCAAAGAUGUGAGACAAUGAGACUGUCCAAUCUGUCAUCUAAUGUGUGCACAUUCAAUCUUCUAGCUUGUGAAGACUCUAAAUCCACUUCCCUCUAUUUGUGUUUUAAAUCGGUGCACUUAAAUCUAAUCAUAAAUCUUGAGAUAAAUGUACAUCUCCUGUUGUAAUCUGGUCAAAAAUGGAUUUAAAAUCACUGUUUGUUUAUAAGGCAUCAGAAAAUCACUUUUUACCGGGCAGUCUAUCUUUUUACCGGUGGUUUGUUUUCCAUCGGGUCACAUAGGGCAAAGCCAUGAGUCACAACUUUAUGCAUCUUCCCUCAGUGCCUUUAAAAGAUUUAAGGAGACCAGCUCCCCCAGACUCAAAUCCUCCUGAUUCCAGCUGAUUCCAAACCACUGGAGCAGUAAAACCUCUUUUACCCCCUUUUUUGAGUCCCACUUGGGAACAGAUAGAAAAAAAAGUCCUGUGAAUCAACAUAAUUCAGUUAGGAAAGAGCCGUAUGAGAAGGAGGAGAUGGGUUGGAGGUAGGUUGCACAGUGUUCAAAUAUCUAAAUUAUUGGUGGGAAAACACACUGUUAACAUUUUGUUUGCUUGGACUUAUUACCAAGAAUCCACCAACGCUGCACUGUUAUUAUACUUCUUUUCAAAGAAUAAGUCUCUCAAAACUUGCUGCUACCUGUGGCUGCUUAUUAUGUGGACCUUACUUACCCUUACCUAAUACUGAUCAGAAAAAAAUUCACAUGCAGUUUAUGUUUGUGUGGGCGUGAGAGACAAAAGCCUCACUAUGUAGGUCUGUUAUAGUAUGUACAUGUUUGGGAAAAUAAGCAGAGGUAGAAAUCUUCUUCUUCAGGCUUCGGCGCUUGUUUACUUCAGUCUUCAAAGUGCAUUUGCAUUCCUGAGGCACGUAAAUUAACAGGAGUAUACUCGUGACAUACAUCUGCAGGAUUUGAGCACACAUCUUCACCAGCUGUCGUAGCUUCUGUCAGAGCCAUCCAGCAAAAGUUUCCCAUGAGGGGUGUGUUUUUCGUGACUUUUUGUCUUGACACCAUUUGUCAGUUACUACGACACAUUCAAUGUCUGCUGAGCUGCAGAUUUGUUUUCUGGGUUUACUCGGCCAAGGAGGGACUCUGGUUUAUUACAUCCAAUGAAUUUUGUCCUGAUGGCAAGGAUAAAAAAUACGUUACAAUACAGACAUACUGUUAUCUAAAAGAGCAGAUAUUAAACACACAUGAAAUUUUGCACUUAUGUUUGGUGCUAAACUAGUCAUAGAAGAGUCACUUUCCAUGAUAAGUUAGUUCAAAUGUGCAGGAGACAAAGUGAAGCAAGUUUAUUUGUAUAGCACCAGUCAUACACAAGGCAAUUCAAAAUGCUUUACAGAUGCAAGGAAAUAUAUUUGAGAUUGAAAAAAUCUAAAAUCAUUAAGACAUUAAAUGAUUUAAAAUCAAUAAAAUAUUAAAGUGGAAUUUAAAAAUGUGAAAUUGGUUAAAUUGACAGAACGUUGAAAACAUCCACACAAACAUGCAGACAUUCAGAGUGAUAUUUUUUGGGUUUUAUCAACAGCUGUAAUGGUGGUUUAAUAGGGCUGGGCAAUGUUGCAAAUAUUAAGUUAAUGUGGGAGGGGGUGAGCAGCUUGUGGAGUAGUUAUCUUCCAUUUAUCGUUAUCCAGGUAAACUGCUCAAUACUCGAGAAAUAUCAUCACCAACUGUUCAGUAUAUCGUGAUGUUGAUUUGAGGCCAUAUUGCCCAGCCCUAUCUUAUUGCAAUAUAUCCCAUAAGAGUUGGAAAAAGUGCAUUCAUUUGCAUUCUUUGACGUUUAUGCCCAUUUGUAAAGCCAGCACAGUCUGAAUGCCUAGAUGCCAAACUCCAUUAAUGUCUGCUGCUGCAAUUAGGUUUGACUGAGCUAUGUCCAGGAACCGUUUGAUAUCACAUUAGUACAGAUGCAAGGAAAUAAAUUUGAAAUUAAAAAAGAGAGAUUAAAGCUAUUUAAAAUCAUCAAGACAUUAAAUGAUAUAAAAUCAAAAAAUGUUAAAAUGUAAUUAAAAAAUAUUAAAAUAGUUCAAAUUGACAGAACGUUGAAAACAACCACACAAACAUGUAGACAUUCAGAGUGAUAUUUUUUGGGUUUUAUCAACAGCUGUAAUGGUGGUUUAAUAGGGCUGGGCGAUGUUGUAAAAUAUUAAUGGGUUAAUAUCAGUCAAGAUUAAUGAUUAUGUAUAAAUGUAAAAUUGCUGCACUUUCCACUUUAAAAGCAUUUAUUUAUUCUCAGAUAAUGCUCAGAUAAUCACAAGUUCAUAUAUAACUCAUUUGUGCAUUAAUUUAAUCACAUUAUUAGUUAAUCAAGUGUAUCAAUUAUUUAUGUGCUCUUUAAUUCUAGGCACUAUUUAUUUGUUAUCUUCAUUCAUAAUUCACUAAUAAUGUCUAGUAUUAACUGAUUAUAAUAAUUCAUGUGUUCUUCAUAACAUGUUAAUGAUCGUGCUCCACUAAAUCCAGUCACAACACAAUCGUCACUUUGAUAUUGACUGAUUCAAACAGAUGCUGAUCAUGAUUCAACAACAACAACAGUAAAUCUGAUACAGUUGUUUUUCACAAUAAAAGCAUGAGUGACUAUAAUUAGUUUAGUCUCAGGAUUUAUUCUAAACGAUGAAGAUCUUGACAUGUUUAUUUUUAUCUUCUCUGAAGUUUGGCUCAACAUCAGCUCUCAUGGGAAUCCUCAACAGGCCACGCUUAAAAAGUAUCAGCCACACCAAAAACUGGAUCUGAGCACUAAGCUUGUUGCGUAAAUGUCGUCUAAUAGUCUCACAAUCUCUCUGUUUUUACUAUUAUAAUGAUUUUAAAUAAAGUUUAACCCUUCUCUAAUAAGGAUUAUUGCUGAUUUUUUUUUUUACAUGUAACCAAUAAUAGCAGAACACAGCAGCCUCUGAAGUGCUUUAUACUCAAUGAAUAGAGUGAAUUUAUUGCUUGAGCGGCUCCAGGAGGUCACAUGAGGUGAAUUUGCUCCACUAUGCAUGUAAUUCAUCUAUUUUCAAUGAUUGCUGUGAUUCCCUCCAUUACUGAUCUGGAGUGCAGUUUUAAAAUGCCAUGAGCUCCCCCUUCCACUUUUCUGCCAGCUGCUGAAAGAGAAACCCAUCAUUACUUCAAAUCAUCCCUUUUCAGACUAGGUUUCUGUGCUGUGGAGGAUAAUUUGCCCUGAAACCCAACUUAAUAAACACGAAUUGCGGUGAAAUGAUACAGCAAAUCAAAUCUCACAUAUCCCUCUGACAAAGAGCCGUCUAGUACUCCAAAUUUCUGUCUGUGGCCUCACUGGCUACGAUUCCUGGAGGGUUUACACUUAAGUAACAAUGGACAAUGUGAAACACUGACUCAGAAUGGCUCCGCAGAUUUACUACGAACAGGAAUGUUAAUCCUAGAGGUUAAAUAUCUCGUUCUCUGCAUUACUCAAGUAUUGUUAAGUGAAUAGGAUAAUACUUUCCUUUACUACCGCAUGAUUUGAAGGCAUGUGCUGAGACUGUAGUUAACAUUUUACCAGCAAUUACAUAAUGAAUGUCAACUGGUCUGUGUAAGACUUGGUGGCUUCAGCAGCACAGAGCGUUUUUAUAUAUAUAUUUAUAUAUAUGUGUGCACUGCUGGUGACAGAAUGGGGACAAAGGUACAUUACUUACUCAGAGAGGAGUUACAGAAGUGGUGGCUGCUCUGCUGAACCACAACUCGCCAUGAUCUGUAACCUCGACUGUCGUGGAGAUUUUAUGUUGAAAAAUUGUUCAAAAUGAGUCAAUACUUUCAAAGAAACAAUAAAGAUUAUCAGUUUGAUCAUUAGACAUCUUGUCUUUAGUGUAUUUAAUUGAAUUUAGGUCAAAAAGGAGUUCGUUUUACACAACGUCUCAAUUUCAUCUGAACAACAGUAGAAGAAUGCAGCAUGUUGACCUACAUUGAGGGAAGUUUCGAACUGCUAUGAAAUCGAUUUCCCUGAUAAUAGGAUCAGACAGGAAGCAGUCUUUGUAAACAUUUGUGAUUAUCCGGUAUCAUGACCUUUCUGCGUCAUAUGACUUUGGGUGUUUUCCCUCACCGAUUUUAAUUGGAAGAGAUUGAAAGAUGUUUGUUACGCCGACGCUUUCCUGUUGAGACGUUUUAGUUCAAGUUGUUUAUCAAUCAUUAUUUGAAACAUAUGAGGUUGAAGACAAUUCUGUAUUUACCUCAUAUUAUAGUUUGAAGUGGGGUUGGAUGAGACACAAAUUGUGCAAAAACUUACGUGCAUCCAUUAACUGAGACUGGAUCUUUUUUGCCGUAGUUGGUCAAAGUGAAUUACAUGGUAGCCCUGGCCUUCAUUUGUAGCAGUUCGAAAAAGCGCUUUUUGCACGAAGGAUCGAGCCAUUUUCCUCACUGUUGCAGACGCCCUUAUGAUUGAUAUGCAUAUGACACCAUUGUACAAAAACAUACCAUCCUUUUAAAGGAGCUUUUUGAGAGUUGAUAAUGUUCAUAGCGUAUUUUCCUUUUGCAAUGACUUUGUAAAUUCAUAGAGACAGAUAGGGGGGAGAAAAAAGCAAUCAGACUAGUAUUAGAUUGACCUGGUAGGAGGUUUAGACUACCCUGUGUUAGGGCUGGGCAAUAUGGCCUCAAAUCAAUGUCACGAUAUAUUGAGCAGUUCACCUUGAUAACGAUUAAUGGACGAUAACUACUCCACAAGCUGGCUUUCCCUCUUUGUUACGGACUGGAUGGGGUAGAGUCAUGUCUCUGAUGUAGGACAGCGUCUUAAAGGGACAUGAGAGCAUAGCCUACCUACACACAUCCAAAACCAACGUUUACUUAUUUUUUUGACUCCGAAUAUAUUGACAUGGGCAAAAUGACGUCGGUUAUUGUCAUAAAUUUCUGUAUUGGUAAAUUUUUGGUUUAUCGCCCAGCCCUACCCUGUGUUGCACCCUGUACUACCAAUGAUGUAAGAUGACAACUAUCAACUGUCCAGAGAAAUUUACUUUUCACCUCUGUUAUAUUAAACCCUCUUUUUUCAUGUAGCAUAUGUAGUAGUGAAAAUUCAUUGAAACCAAGAAGUUGCACUGCUUUUAUUGUCCUCUUUUGUGCAAACUUGUAGGUCCUGGUUGGUCCUUUUAAAAACUACAAAAGCUAUGUAUCGCACUGCACCAGAAUAACUGUAAUCUGCUCACAGGGAAACGACCGCACAUUACUUGUAUGUGUCAACUAAUUUGUUCAGCCUCUUUACGGAGCCUCGGGGAGUAGCAUUUAAUUAUUUACUAAUACGCAGGGCGAUCAUUUAAAAAGUUUUUGGUCAGAACUUUCCUGCAGAAGUUUUGUAGAUGAUAAUGCAUUGAGGCAUAUGAGAUGGUCGUGCUUGCAGAGUUGCAGUAAUGUAAAAGAUUAUUACUCCGAGCAGUGCCCCCACAUAAGAGCUACGUGUUUUUUAUCUCCACACUGUCAUAAUAAACAGAUUCACUGCGAUUCACACUCUCUCAAACUCCUGUGAGAGCAGCUCUGAGGUUGUCAUCAGUGUUCUUGCUUUCUCACACCAGAUGCCUCAGUCACAUCCCUCCUCCUCCUCCUCUUCGGUACCAUCAGGAUGCAGACUAAUCACACGCAGAUAAACACAAGCAUACAGAUAUAGAUGUUCCAUCCUCACUUGGCAGAUUGUGACGCUGGCUGGAGGUAUUAAUACAUUUCUCAGGGCGCCACAGACAUUUGGAGAAAGAUUAUAACGAAUAAAGGUGUAAUCCUUUACACCUCUGACUUAUCUUGUCCUGAAAAUGCAUUCCUAUCACACCUCUUAGUGUUCAAUCUCAGCCUGAAGUGACUGCACCUCCACCGGGUGUUUGCUUUUGUAUGUGUGUUUGUGCAUCUGUGUGUAAGCCUGGCUUGUGUGUAAAUGUUUGCGCUCUGGCUGUUGUUCUGUAAGUCUGUAUAUGAAAUCUUUAUAAGGCCGGGGAUAAUGUCACAGUUAUAAAUCACAGUCUAAAUGUUUUUCCCUUUUAAGAGUCAUUUUUCUUCCUCUCUAUUAGGCCUGGUCUUUCCCCUCACAACUGUUACUGGAUGGUAGCCAGGCAUGGAAUCAUAAUUAAGUAGAUUUGUGCUUUAUUGAAGUCUUUUGUGUUAUUAUGAGUGUUUGCUAUUCAAGAUGGCAUGACACAGCUAAAGUCUGAACCAGAGGAGAGGAAAUUCAUCGGAGUGUCGCGGAAUUAAAACCAGAUUUAAAGGUGGGGUAGGCAGGAUCUGAGGAAGUGCCCGUUUUUGGGAGAAAUCUUGAAUGUAAAUUCUACCCCUCCAGUUUUCCUCUCCUCUCCCCUCCCUCUCUGCUCCAACAAGCCCCGCCCACAAACAGACGCUCCUGCUGGCUUGUAUCGUUCCAAUUGAAUGCAGAUAAAUACUUCAGAUAAUUACAAAUGGGGCCCAGUCAACGUGAAAGUAAAACGCAUUGGUGCUACUACAGAUGCCAACAGACUACCAGCAAACACAAUGUUUGCAGGACUUCUACAACUAGGAUAAAGUGACAUAGUCCAGGACCCGAGGUCAACAGUUUAGUGGCGCUACAACACGCUACAACAGGUCCCGUUUGACAAGGAACACUUCUGUUACAGACACUUGUCUUACUUUGUUAAAGCGGUUUACCUGUCCAGCAGAAAGGUUACAGGGUCCGUAAGAUCCCAAAGUGUCCCCCAUCGUUUAUGUUUUAUGUUUUAGCUCUUGUCCGGUCUACCUCCUUUAAAAGCGCCCGUUAUUCCUCCAGAGUCUCCAGUAUUUACUUUGUUUUCUUGCUUGUGUCGGCAGUCGAGGCCAAAGGAGGAGUCAGGCAAUUUUCCGAACUUUCUGGUUGGUUUCUACUGUCCAAUAUUGUAGCACACUAACUUUGUCUGGGCUUGUGAUCGUUAUGAGAGAGCAGUGUCUGCCUCACAAUCAAUCAGCAUUUUAAAAAAAUUUAAAAUGUUGACUACACAGACAUAAAAGAACACAGCAAUAUCGUGAUAUCCCCAAAUGUCAUCAAUAACUAAUAGUUAUUGACUGAUAUUAAAAGCUUUUUUGUAAAUACUCCACAAAAAAGACGCUUCUUUAACGGAAUCCUGCCUACCCCACCUUUAAGUUUGACACCUUCAAAUUUUCAAACUACAUAUACUACAUAUACAUAUGAAUACUGCAGGAGUAAUGACCCUUAUAUCCACAUGUGACAGAGUAACCUUUUAUGGAGAGCGCUGUCUUGGUAGUUUGAGAUUGUAAGCAAAGGACAUGAUGUUCUGUACUCUUCUGCUUCUGCUCAUGUUCAUGUGUUCAGGGUUUCUUCUCCUGAAGUAAAAACAGACACCAAUAGAAGGUUUCCUCUUAACUCGGUUCAUGCAAAAGCUCCUCUGUGAUUAUGUGGGAAUGAUGAUGUGUGGCAUCUGUCAAACAUCAGAGCCUUUGAGCGUAUAUACAGUAUGAAUGUGAGUCACGCUGUGCAAUGCUAAACUGCGGUUCUUUGGUGUCCAAUACCACGUGAUCAUGCAUGGUUUGUUACAUGGCUUCACUCAUCUUCACAUCAUGUGAUCAAACUUAACCCAUUACGAAUGCAUGCUUUAACAUACACAAAUAUAAACACAUAUGGGCGUCGUGAAAUGCACAGCUUGGUCCUGCAGCCAAUGUAGCAAACAGCAUGAAAUCACACUGAGGAUUUGUUCACUCCUGGUGUAAACCUGAUCACUUGCCUCAGUGUAUAAUUGCAUCAAACUGUCAAUCAAAUAAAGUAGAACUUAAUUAAAGUAAGACUAAAAUUGUAUAUUAUAAUAAUCCUGACCUUCUUUGCAUUCAGAAUGAGUCUUUUCCAGCGUUGUCAUGGUAAUCCAGUCAAUCUUGUGAGUGAUUCUCAGUGUCAUGCACAUGCUAAAUGGAUGUCUGUUCAGGUUUCACUCUACAUUAACUGUCUGAUCCAACCUGUAGGUUGUGGCAGGUGGUCAAGAUGUCAGGGGCGCAGGCUAAUUAGCGGCUUUGUUGUGGCUAAUGGGCCGAAGAGGCUCUGAUGCAGCCCACCUGCACAUAACAUGUACAUCCAACAACGAGAAAAUGUCACGAAUUGUUGCUCAACCUUGUGACCUUUCCUACAAACCUCAAACUGUGCAAAAUAUGCUCAGUAUAAGGACUUUCCAGCUGCAAGAAUAUUAGUUUAUUUUCCUUAUAUGGCAUCAAAGCUCAGAUCUGGUUGUGCAGUUGAUAGGAGUGUAACGGUACACAAAAAUCUUGGUUCGGUACGUACCUCGGUUUUGAGGUCACGGUUCGAUUCAUUUUCGGUACAAUAAGAAAACAAAAUGCAAAAUAUAAAUGUGCUAGUUGUUUAUUACACACUUUUGUGCUUUUAACAAUAGAAACAUUAUACGAACAUUACACAAAAUCUGCAGCUAUAAGAACACCAACAGCAAUUGUUGCUUUAGCUCGAUCUGACUCACCAGGGAGAGGCUGUUAAAAUGCGGUUGGGAGCUGUGUUUGCACUACACUCGUCUUUCUCCAUGUUGAGGCGUUCACAUGGGGGGUGGUGCCGUUUCAAAUGAGUUAACAGGUUUGAUGGGUUGCCAGAAACAAACCCGAUCUCAGGUGAACAAUGUCAGCAAACCGCUUUGGUUUUAUCCACCUCUCUUUGUCCCUGUUUAUAUUUCACCGGGAGGCCGAAGUGUUCUCAAACGGGAGACCUUAAUGUCGCAGGAGGGGCCUCAAGCUCUGGUUUAUUGCCAACACUGGCGGUAUUAGCCACGACGUCCACUACUUGUUGGUUAAAUCUGCUGUUUGUUGUGUCUCAGUUUGCGCAACUUUGCAUAUGCAGCUGCAGCAUGCUCCACAACGCACGGUCCACUACAUCCAUUCCAAACCGAGCACCCCAUACCAAAACAGUUCAAUACAAAUACACAUACCGUUACACCCCUAGCAGUUGAUAUUAUCUGUGAUAAUAUUUGUGGUUUCUGAUCAUUGAAACUCGAGGUUACCUUUUUGCGUGCAGCUGUUUGGGGUUGCAAAAAUGCAAAUAAGCUGCUGCAGCUUGAACACUGAGGCUUUUUUGACCUACAGCAUCAACACAGCGCUAUUGAUCCUCCUCUCUAGAGAAACAGUUUUCUGAAAAGGGAACUAACACAGACACACGCACCCAAGAUCCUUUUAAUUUGCAGUCUUGCUGUGGUUUCUGGGAAUUCACCUUAAACCGUUACCUGAUAAAUACAGAUGAUACAGAUGAGUAAUAGAAAAAUCACAUGAACUGGGGGAUUUAAAAGCAUGUCGGUUCUGAAAUCUCCAGGCACUCAUUGAUGCUGACUGGCAUUUUGCAAGUAUGGAUUUGCACGCCACCUUUGCACACACUACACCUCGCUGUUGAUGUGUCAGGGAACUCUGGGUAGGCAUUUUUAUCAGAGGCCAUGAAGUGUUUUAUCUGUGUAUUUGCUUGGCUAUCAAAAAAAAACCUCUCCAUCUGCAGCAUAAUUAUAGGACAGCCUCUCCAGGCAGCAUCACACCAUCUUUUUAUCAGUCAGCAGCUCCUGCCUAUUUUUACUCCUCACUGAUAACCCAAAGAAGUGAGCUGGUGUGAUGAGAUACCAACAUUAGAGGAGAGUGUCUGUGUGACUCCGAAUGUGUGUGUGUGUGCGGGUUCAGGAUAUUUCGAGUUAGUCACACAGUGUUGUGUUAUGUUCUGGUUGUCAUGUCAAGGUGCUUAGAGCGAGUCAAAGCAGCUCAGAUACUCAUCUCCAAAGAAACAGCACGUUGUGAUAAAGAAGCGUUUCAUGCUGAGAGACAUGAUGGAUUUCGCUGUAAUUAUCAGUUAGACUGUGUUUGACAUCCCACAGCUUCUAUAUUCACACUUCAUUGGUCUUUAUCUUGUACAUCAGCGGUUGCCGCGGUGCUGUUGCGUUGGAUCAAUACAUCGGAGCGGCCUCGUGAACAUCAUUAAAAAUUAAUACCAGCUCAAUUAGUGGCGCUGUGCCACACCAGUCUGCAGUGCGUAAAUUGAGAAUAUGGUAGUUAAGAGCUCAGGGGAGGUUACUUUAAUCCUAUUACCGUGUUGUUUUACAGUUCCUGUCAGUGUUUAAGGUUAGUGUAUCAUAUUCAUGUUUAUUAUUGUCAUGGUUUUGGUUCAAAAAGUAAGAAAUAAUUGGUGCUCAUACUUUUUGUGUAAGCAGGGGUGUGUCACAGCUGCAGGAUGGGCUGCAGCUAAGACACUGGCCGACGCACAGCAAAGUUGAAAUUUGCAGUAAAACUGGAAAUUUAAAAUAGGGAAUGCUGAUUUUUGGAUAUUACUCAUCAAACUUCAUGACUUAAAGGGAUAUUGUUAUGUUACUGACUGGCCAAUUUCUCUUGAAGGUUUCUAAAGGAACCUAGUAGCAUUAUACAGAGGAGCACUUUGGGUGCUAUAAUAGGUGAAAUCUAAGUGGAAGUGUGUCUUGUUUACCGGCAAUAUUCCCUGAUGCCACCGAGCCACCAUAGAAGAAGAGGCAAGAAACAUUACACACAUAUGAAACUAGCGGAUUCUGAAAUGACCUCCAGGUUGUGUGUGUUCAGAGUUUGGUUGGCUUAGUUGGCUUAUUUUGUAUUUAGAGGGUCAGAAGAUAAUCCAGACAUUAGGGAUGGGCAAUCUAGGCCCAAAAAUUUAUCACAAUAAGUUUUGUCAUUCUGGCGAUAACGAUAAAAGUCCUGAUUAAAAAUAUUGAAAUUCCUAUCUAUGUGUUUGACUCAUUGGAUGGCUCUUACCAGUUGGUGUAGUCAAAUAAGAUACUUAACCACAAGUUUAAGUGGAAGGUUAUAGAGAAAACUAGUGCUAACAAACAAGUCUGAAAAGUGUAAACACCUUCAACAUUUAAGGAAAACUCUCAUUGCACAGCGUGAACAGAGUGAGCAGAUCUACUCUCCGAUGUCAGGGAAAACCUGAUUGCGCUCAUCUAAACCUCAAUCUUGAAGGAAAUCCCUCAUGCGGAGCCUUGUUUAGCAGCAAGCUGCUCAGAGACGUCUACUUCACCAUCUUUGGCCAAGUUUGUUUGUUAUUCUGCUCCGUGGGGGCUACGGCUGUGAGUCUGUCGCUCGUGCUUAUGUCAUCAACUUGCAUUUAUCACAUUUAUCAUAAGAGGGCAAAUAUUUAUCAUGGAGGAAUUUUCUGACGAUAAAUUGUGAACGAUAAAUUAUUGCCCAUCCCUACCAGACACCCAAGUAUUUGAUUGAAAAUGGUGAGCGGACUUUCAAAAAUUCAGGCUAAUGACAUGAAAAUGGAGGGAGGAUGUGGAUCCUGUAAAUACUCAGAAGUGCAGAUAUCUUCAGUCCGUGUCAGCCCCCGAUGGUCAUCAGUGUUAGGUCAGUGAAUGUGUUUGCAGCUGAGCAGCCAUGAGAUGAUGAGUUGGUUAGCCCAUUAGCUUUCAAAGGCUACGUGUUUACUCAUGUUUCAAAUAUUCUAUGAAAUGUGUGAAAAUAAAAUAGACCGUUUUCAACUGAAAAAAGUUGAAAAAUAAAAAAAAAAGCUUUAAUCAUAUUGAGAAAACACUUUAUUUUGCUCACAGUCGGUAUCUCAUACUGGUCAAUGCGAAGUCCUAAUUCUCGGACAAUAUUCCUUCAAAUGUCUCAGUUACUGACCAAUAAUAUGUGUGAAGUUGUGCUGCAAAAAUUUCCAAAACACUGCCUCUGAUUUUCUCCGUCCUUACUCGAUUUCAUUCAACAGCAAAUCAAAGAGCCCCCUCAAAGAAAAUCACGUUAUACUUCACAUCAACCUUCUCCGGUGGAUUUCUUGCAUCCCUUUAAUUUACGAUAGGUUAAAAGAUCGAGCUGUUGAUAAUGGACUCUUAUUGAACUACCAGCUCUUCUGGCCUGAUGCGGUGAGGGGCAACAAAAGAGCAGAUGCUGAAACUCCCUGAGCCGCCUUCAGCUUGGGUCCACAGUGAUCGAUGGUAAACUGAUGCUUGCAAUGGAUCCAUUAGCAGCCAGCCAGCCUGGGCUUCCUCAUACUGCAAUUUGUUACCUGGGAAUAGAUUGUGUACGAGUGGCGGGGGGCCUCGGGGAAAAGAAACUGGGAAAGCCUAAUUUUUUUUCCCCUUAAUGCAUGAUUUUUUAUUGAGCCCUGAACUGUUUGGCUGAUGAAACAUGUAAAUAGGAAAGAGCUAUAAGGGUGUAAAUGAGUUAAAGCAAGCAGGAGAAAGAGAAAAUCAAAGAGUAGCAUUACAGAGGGAAAUGAAGAUCAUUCAUCUUCAUUUCAACGGGUAAUUUCCACCUGCUUCUUCAUUUUUCUGCGGGACAAAUGGUGAAACCAACAUCAGCUAAAAUCUAAAACCAGUGUGACACCUCGGCUGGUUUUUAUUGACUGAAAGACGGCAAAGACAGAAACAGAUGUAAGGAAAUGAAAGGUAAGCUGAGGGAGGGUGACAGAAAGGCCGAGCAGUGAAGUCAAGUGAAGAAAAAAAGUGAAAUUAGUGACAGCAGCAAGAGAAGGAGAGAGGUGAAGUUGACAGAAAUAGGAAGCGAAACAGCUCACUUCAUUCUUAAAGGAGAAGCUGAACCAAACCGGCUGCAACUCAACAUGUUGAAAGAGAGACAUUUGCAGUUAUCUCUAAAAAUUUAUCAUAUAGAAUCAAGACACAAAACGACACAACUUUACUCAAAAAUAAGUCCUCUCCUUUCCUUUCAUCUGUUCUCCAGUCCAAGUCACCAGUCCUGAAAAUCCCAAGACAGUCUGGCUGCAGACCUCAACUGUCAGGACCCUUAGUUGCAGACCUCCACUGUUAGGACACGCUCUACGAACGGACCGAAAGUUGAUUCAAAGCCUUUCAAAUUACAACCAAAUAUACUGGGAGUAUGUUUUUUAUGUCAGAAAUUGAUUUAGAGCCUUUCAAAAUAAAAGCAAACAUACCAGGAGUGUGAUUUUUCAUGUCAGAAGUAGAUUCCAAGCCUUUCAAAUUAAAAGCAAAUAUACUAGGAGUAUCUUUUCUUAUGUCAGGUAUUGAUUCGAAGCCUUUCAAAAUAAAAGCAAAUAUACCAGGAAUAGGUUUUUGUAUGUCAGAAGUAGAUUCCAAGCCUUUCAAAUUAAAGCCAUUAGACCAGGAAUCAUUUUAUGUACAUUAUGUUAAUAUGAUAUUUUGUUGUAUUCAUGUGUUCAGCAAAGACAAAAUAUAAAACACGAUGACCAUGUGACAAAAACAAACUGGAGCACUUGAGAAAAAACGUCACCUCAGGUCCUCUCAGUGGAGCGGGUCUUCUGCAACGAAGGGUCCUGACAGUGGAGGUCUGCAGCCAGACCCCUCUCUGAAAAUCAGGACUUGGGUACAACAACAAUCGUUCUCACAAGUUACUUUCGUUGGCUGGGCCAUCUGUUUUAUCCCAGUCUGCUCUCAUGAGGACUUCACAAAGACGAGUCGACCACCCACUCAUGUUAGAUUUGUUUGAAAACACACAGACCCUCCGCUGCUCUCGACACAUUUAAAGGAUUCUCUUACUCUGAUCCUGCCAGACAGAUUGUGACGAAGAAACAACAGCCACUAAUAUAUCAUCAGUUUCCAGAAAUUACACAAACUUUACGACAUUUGACCUUGUUCCUCCGCUCUAUGAGCAGAUACAGCUUUGUUUCCAGGUGGUAUUUUAUUGACUUCUUCCUUUUCCAGCAAUUUAAACCUGACAGUUGUUUCAUCUUGAUCUGUCUGUAUCCUCGGGGCAGCGGACCAUGUUCAGGGCCAUACCAGGACAUUACAAAAGCACAGACACACACAAACACUUGAGACAGAGGACUAAUUUGCACUCAAUUUUCAGCCUCCGCUCUGCAAGGCGGACAAGACUACUUAUCUCACUCUUGUCACCGUGUGUCGAUCAAAAAGAUGAUCCAAACUAAUAGAUAGGAAAUGGAAAUGUUAUUAAUUUGAAGAUGUGUGUGUUGAGACAGAGAUCUUGCAUGAACCGGUAUGAGACCAAGAUUUCCAUUUGACCUUGACCUGUUUACAUCCAGACUUCUCCUUCCCCGUGGUCUGUUUGUUCUAGUCUAUCCUGACUCCAUAGACUCACAGCUCACCCACUCUGUGUUAUUGAAACAUGGGUGUAAAAUGAGCGCAGAUGUUAUGAAAGCUUCCACUAUAGUCCCCAUCUGCAGCUUAUUUUCAUUGACUGCUCAGCUGCAACCUUUAAAGCACAUACUGUCGACACAGCAGCGGCUUCUUCUAUCACGCACUUUACUUGAAUCGCUGCCAGUUUGUGUUUCUAUAUCACAGCAAAAACAGCAUCUGUGCCAGCAUCGUGGUAUAAGGUUGUUUAUGAAGUGUGAGAGAAUCAGAGCGGUGUGAUAAUUACUAACCUGUUCAUGCAUGUGUGAUCUUACUCUUGUUUGUGCAGAUUUUUUCCUUUCAGUCGUCAGUAUGAUAGUUAGUGUCACAUGCAAUAUUAGAAAAAAAGUCACAGGCAGGUAAAGGAAGACUUUGAAACAACUUACAUUAAUAAAUAUGGCGAGGCUACAUCCACAUGUAUACAGAUUUUGCGAAAAACAGAUUUUUUUAAAAAUGCUUUUUCACUUUUUCAAUAGACGCAUGACAAAAAAGCUGGUCUAGACAAGACUCUGUUCAGAGAUUGGAUCAGAUUGAUCUAGGGCUGGGCGAUACUGCCUCAAAUCACUAUCACGAUAUAUUGAGCAGUUUACCUUGUUAAUGAUAAAUGGACGAUAACUACUCCGCAAGAUGCUCACCCGCUCCCACAUUAACUUCGUCUACUUCAGCCGCUACAACUUUUGAACCGUCCUCCAUCUCCUCACCUGUCUUUCCCUCUUGACUGGAUGGGGUGGAGUCACGUCUCCAAUAUAGUACAACAUCUUACAUGCGACCAUAGCCUACCUACACACACCCAAAACCAUCUUUUGUUUAUUUUUUUGACACUGAAUAUACAGAUAUGGGCAAAUAAUGUCAGUUAUUGUAAUAAAUUUCGAUAUCGGUAAAUUUUCGGGUUAUCGCCCAGCACUAGUUACUAUGUAAUUCAAUGCACUUUGACCAGCUCCUACCAAAAAGAUCGAGUUUGCACUAUUUGUGAGCGCAAAACAUUCGAUAAGUGUUUCAUACAAUCCAACUUCCAACUAUGAAACAAAAUAAAAUACUGAAUUUUCUUUAACCACAUAUGUUUCAAAUAAUGAUCUUGAACUGUAAAGUCUUAACAGGAAAGUGUUGGCGUGACAAACAUCUUUCAGUCUUUUCCACUUAAAAUCGAUGAGGGAAAACACCGGUUAUUGUCAAAAAAUUUCGGUAUCUGUACAUUUUCGGUUUAUCGCCCAGCCCUAGAUUAAGCCCUGUCUCGUUCGAUCAGACCCACUCCUAUCUCAUCUUCAACCACACGAGUAAAGAACUUUGCAAAGUUUAACAAGUUACAGUGGAGAGGAAAAUUUUCCUUUAACAGGCAGAAACCUUGAGCAGAAGCAGAUUGAUGUUCGACAGCCAUCUGCUGAGACUGAUCGGGGUUCAGGGAGGGGAUAGAGGAAGAUGGACAGGGUUUCUGCUGGGUCUUAAAAAGUCUUAAAACGUCUAUAAUCCGAUCAUUUGAAUUUAAAGCCUAAAAUUCUCUUAAAACCUCAUAAAAUGUCUUAAAUACAAAUUUAAAAGGUCUUAAAAAUGUAUUGAUUUUACUCACAAAUAAAAAUUAAUUUGAAAAGAAAACUUUCCGAUUUCUCUUUAUGUCUUUUGUACUUUUUUGCCAGUAUGGAUGUAAAAUAGAUCUCAAAUUGCAUUCAUUAUGGUCUUGAAAUAGUCUAAAACAUUUGACUUGUUGAAACCCGCAGAAACCCUGGAUAGAGAAAGAGAGAGAUGGACAGAGAUGAGAUUGAUAGAAAAAAUACGUUUUUUUUUAUUCUUACAGAAGAUGAUCCCUUUUUUCUCAGUGUGCCUAUGCUUUAUUUAUAUUAUUCAAAUCUAUUUAAAUCCCAUUAAACAAGGAAAGCCUUUCUGAGAUUAAAAAUAUAUAUAUUUCACAGAGUGUCAAGGACAGUAUUUCAGAGCUGAUAUUUAGCUUCAGAGCACAUUUCUCUCUAUCCUGUUUAAUAAGUACAGUGUGCAUUUUCAUCCAUCGCACACAGCUGUACCACGUUGUUCAAAUUCUGUCUGUUUAAAAGGAUAAAAAGAGUGGGAGAGGUAUUUAAGUUCAAGAAUUACCAUAAAACAAAUGUAAUCAAUUUAAAGUAAAUUAACAAUAAAGCAUUAAGCUCAGUAAUCACAACCUUUAAUCCAUGCACAGCCCCCCGAUAAUAAAAGAUUUGCUGAAGUCGUGUAUUUGGUGUGAAAGUAGAAAAUAAAGAGUGAAAACAGAGAGCUGGUGCUUUUUAACACCUCACUGUCACUUUUAGUAAACAAAGCAACAGCUUCCUGGUUAGGUGAGGCGUGAUCAGACCAAAGUGUCAAAACGAGAAGAAGGAAAACUGCACGAUAGCUACCACCUUAAUAAUAAUAAUAAUAAUAAAGAUAAUGACAACUAAGGAUGACUGGAUGAGGACUGAGAGCAAACGCUGAGAUUUAUGAACGUCUAAACUGAUUUGGAUACAUGACCCAGCGUAGCAUCUUUACUCCAUUUGACGUCAAGAUCUUUGAUGUUUUCCCAUUUUCAGUUUAAUUAGAUUUUCAGCUAUUAAUGUUUCAAGGACCGUAGCUCUUCUGAGCCCGAUGCAUCAUGCAGUUUUUUGAACCGAGGAGCCAAUGGGGGGCCUUCUGUGCUCCUGUUUCCACGCAGACUGAGGAUAAGACAGGAGGCCUGUUGCUAUGACAAGACUGCCUGUCACAUCCCAGUAACUUUAUACUCCCUCUUUUUGUGACACGUACGACAAAAGAAACAUACGCACGUUUAAGAUGAGCGAUUUGACAGAUAGAUGAAUCGGACAAGCAGCUGAAAACUGAUUUUUCAUCAUCCAUAAUAAAUGCAUCUCAGGAUGAGUUGCUGGAAAAGUCAACACAAGGCUUCCUUUAUUUCCUGUCAGUGCUUGUUUACUGGUUCCCCCCCAUCACUGUCCUGACAUUAGUAACUCUCUUUUACACAGAUAACUUUAUUCAUCUUGUCAGACAGGAUACAAAUGUUUCCUCUGUGUCUGGCCUCAAAUUUAAAGUAAUUGAAUCGUGCCACAGCCAGCAGAUUCAGUCUGACUCAUAAUGUCCCAGCGAUGGAUACUGUUUGAUUAAAUGUACUGCUUGGAUAGUUCCUGUUGCUAUUGCUGGUUAUGGUGAAGCGUCAUCGGUGGUGCAUUUCUAACAGAGAUUAAAUAAUCCAGGAAGCAUUCAUUACAAUCUUGUGAGCGGUUCGCUGAGGUGUUUUCUCAUCUCUUCGAUGACCCGCCGCCUUUCAACAUAGAUGAGGGUUGUUGUUUGUCAAGUCUAGAGAGAUUCAAUUAGGCGGCAGAGAAGUCAGAUGUUGUGAUGUAUGAAUCACUAAACUCUGCAGUCAGUAAUUAUCAGCAGCCGUGUUUGGUUUUCAGGUUUAUUUAUGCUGCAUGUGGUUAUAAUGAGAGAGCAGCAGAGAGAGAGAGAGACUAUUAACAUGUUCACCCCUAACAAGAGUGUGAUGAAUAUUAAAAGGAAUGACAUUUGGUCUCUUUAAAUGUCAGUAUCCAGAUAAUGUAAUACAACACGAUGAAGCUGUAGUGCUCUUAAGAAUAAUGGGUAUUAUUGAACAUAGUUUGAAGUGUAAUAUAUUUGGGUUUCUUCGUCAUCAGUUUUUGCAAACGUGAAUCAGCUCCUGAUGUAAUUCUGAUGACUUUUUGGUAAAAUAUUUCAUCAUUCCUGAUUUAACUGACACUGCUUUUCUCCAGUUUUCAACUAUGUGGUCUUGCUCAUUGUUAGGAAAUCCAUAAAAGGGAAUUUUUCUGGCAGAGUCCAGUCUAAUUUUGGCCAAUUCUGGAUUUUCUUUAGUUCCUUUAGCUCCCUUACAUAAGGGAGUGUCCUGAUACAACUUUUUGACUUCUGAUACGAUACCGAUAUUGAUCCAAUAUUGGCACAAAAUACUGCCACAAAGCCAAAAUCACUCUUACUUCUUGCUACUUUGUUAGCACCUUAGUACACAGUUAGUGCGUUCACAUGUGCAGCUUAGUCGGACUAAGCUCAGAAUUUGUUUUUUAUACAUGCAGCUGAGGAAAUUGAAUUAUUGCCGUGAACGUGUCCUCCUCCCCAAAACUAGGGUGCGAUAUGGGUCUUUUCAGCGGCGCUGUUUUCGGUUGACCCAACAACAACGGCAGGUCCAUGCCAGACGUUAGAGGUGGCUACAACUGCUGCUGGGGAUUUUCGAGGAAGAACAUGAAGCAUCGUACAGCAUUGUUUUUGUUGUACAUGAUGUACGCGCUACUUCUUCUGCAGAUGAGGUGCACACUACUCCUAUUCUCUGGUGUUUUUGUUCCGGGGUUACGGCGGCAUGGCGCACGAGUCUCAUGUAAAUGUCCUGUUGUGAUUUUGUUGGCUCAGCUUGCUGGUUUAGGGCGCUGCUAGCUAGAGGUGCAGAAGUGGAGUCUGGAAUGGACUGCUUGUAUCGGAGUGCUGAUAUUGGAGAUUAUAGAUGCAGGCCAGUAUAAUCCAAUGUUUGUUUUUUUUGCUGACAUCGGACCGAUAUCCAAUAUCAAUAUUGUAUCGGGACACCCCUACCUCACAUUACAGCAACGUCAAACACCUCUCUCUCUCUCUCUGUUUGCAUCUUCCUUCAUCCCAUUUCAAAUCCUAUAUUUCUGCAUGCUAGUUCCCUAUUCAAAUAUUUAAUUUCAGAAUAUUUAUCUCAAAUCAUACAGAAAUAUACUUCCUGCUGAUCGCACCAUGUGCUUGUGUGUUUGUGUUUGUGUGAGUGUGUCUCUCAGGCAUCUUUCUCACCCCUGCGUGUCUCAAUUUGAUUAUGCAGAUCAGUCUCCACAGAGCUCAUUAUUGCUCUGUGGGGGGAAUGUGUUGCGGUCACAGCUGCGCAGGAAGCCGGUUUAGAGGAUUUGCUUUCAUUCGGAAACACCAACAUGCUCUGCUCUGCGCUUUUGUCUUUAUAUACUCCACACACACGGAUGCUAAAAAGGAAAAUAAAUCACAUGUGCAAUAAAACACCCACACACAUCCUUUUGCUGUCAGUCUCUCUUAGAUCUGACAGUCGCUCUGUUCUCUCUGUGUGCUGGAAAUGAAUCCUAACUUGAGUAACGUCUGAAUCAGCAGCUCGAGACCAAGGUCAUGGCGUCAUUCUGAAUAUAUUAGUGUUUUAAAUUUGACGUUGCUGGAGUGUGUGCAUAACCGGUCCAUGUAUUAUCCAUCCAUUCAAUUAUUCUAUUCAAUCUAGUAAAGGAAAAAAAAAGAGUCAAUAUUUUGUUCAUUUGUUAUUCUGUAUAUCCCAAAAAUUAAAAAUCAGUGUUUUCGUAUUUUCAGCUCAAAACAGAAUAUAUAGUAGAGAAGGGAACGAAAACAAAAUAAUAAGUCUUAUUUACAAUUAUUGAUUUUGAGUGCGCCUGUUUUGAGCACACGUGCAUGGAGGCUACACUGGUCUUCCCAUGAUCCUCAGCGACAGUUACCAUGGCGAAAGAUGCAACCGAGCGUUUAGAGCGCCAAAAUCUUACGUUGUAACAGAGCUCUGGUUUUAAUUUUUUCUACAGUCAUGUGUUCUUCCUUCAGUGUGACCCUCCUAGCAGCUUUGAAUAAUACGUAGGAUGCGUCCAUCUCCAUGACAGCAGGUUAGCCUUUCUCUACCGCCCUGGCUUGGAGUUUUUGUUCCACGUUGUUGGCUACCUUGUUGUGCAAUGCGCAUGUGCGAACAGUAGCAAAGCACCGUAGGAAAUGCGGACAUCAAUAACCCAAAAACAAAAAUUAGAUUUAUAAUUUUGUUUUCAUUUCCAUCUCUGUUUUAUAAUAUAAAAUAUAAAAUAUAUAAUAUAAUUUUUACCAAUAACCUGUGACCGAAUGUAUCAAAUGCAAACUGUUGAUACCGGUAACGCUCUUACGGUACACUUAUUACCAGGUAAUUAACAGGUAAUUACCUAGUAACAACAUGAAAUUAUCUGGUAAUUACUUGAUAACUACUAAGUCAAUACUGUCUAGCUACCAGGUAGGUAACCUUCCAUCAUCAUACAAAUUUGAAUAUGAAUUGCAGUAGUGGUUCCAGGAUUUUUUCAGCUUCCUGGAAAUACCACUUGCGCAGUAGCAUUGUACGCAUUCGGCGGGUGAGUCGGUGUGAUAAUGCUCGGCUCAAACAGCGUAUCGCUACGCAAUCUCUUGAAAAUAAGAACCCCAAAUAGCUUUUAAAAAUGGAGCUGCACAGAAAAAACUAGACAGUAUUGACUUAGUAGUUAUCAAGUAAUUAACAGAUAAUUUCAUUUUGUUACUAGGUAAUUACAUAAUAAUUACCUGGUAAUAGGUGUACCGUAAAAGAAAGGGUUACCUUGAUACCUUAAACAAAUUCAGAAACGGAUCAUUUAUCAGUGGUUUUCAUUUCAAGGCACUCCUGAAUUUCUAAAUCAAAUAAAACUCACUUUUGAAAAUGAACUGAAGCAAGCCUGACCGAAAAUGGCAAGUAUUUCUUAUUAAUUUUGACACUCUAUGCAUCAAACGUCACUUUGAGAUGAUGUUUCCCCUCAAGCGUUUUGCAUUAUGUCUAUAAUACUAAACAAGAUCUAGACUCAGAGAUAGACUCUUCACCAUUCAGCCUUUUCAUUUCUACAAAGAAAUGUGUUUUUGCAGCAGAGCUCUCAAGCUGAGGAGUUGUAGGAAAUUGAUGGAUAGUGGUCCAAAGAGAGGCUGCUGAGUUACUGUAGCUCUCCGGUGAAUGUAGGAUAUUUGAAGAGACGGAGAAGGAAAAGGAGAUUUCAGAGUGGCUCAGGUGUGUUGCAGCGCUCACUGCGGGGCUAAAACUGUCAUUAGUCAGACUCAGGAGACGCCUUUCUGCUGAAAACAUAAUCUGUCACGUUAGGAUUACCUGUAUGUGUGCCUGUGGUCAUGCAUCUGUUCACCCAGUCUCAUCAGAACUCGGCGGACCUCACGCGGCGCAGACAGCUUAAUCUGCAUCCGUGCCUCAUUAGCCCGUUUGGUCCUGACAGGUCGAGGCAGCGAGCGGCUCUCGUUCUCUGCCCACACCUCAAAGAAGCAGCUUAAGCUCUUCAUACUGGUCAGUUUAACACCACAGCUGUAGUUUAAGAUAAUGAAGCUGCGAGAUUUCUGCUAAUUAUUGUUCACUUUAUCUCUGCCAGGAGCUGCUGGAAGAUUUGAAACGUAUCAAAGCUCAUAAAUCGAGUCGGUAAACAGUAACCAGAGGGGUGAUUGUGUUUUAUGUUUCUGCCAGCUGUAGCUCUUAUGGACCCAGAGAGAGACUCACAACAGUCAACUUGAGGUUUUUCUUGUUGUAAUUAAGAGAAGGAAGCUGAGAUGUUAUUGGUGCACGUGGUCAAAUAAGAUGCAAACAGAUAUAUGUGAGUUUUGCCAAAUAAAAAAUGAAGAUGUGAUUUCCACUUCCAAUCAAUACAGGUGGAGAAACGGCGUACAUCUGCCCUCCCCUACAGCGUUUUUAAAAGUCUAUUCUGCAUAUAUAUCGUAAAGAGGUUCUGUUUUAUUGUGCUGUAGGUACUGCCAACAAGGCUCUUAGUCCACGGCACUUUAUCUACCGGGCUGCUGAUGCAGCUGAAUGCUGCUAUACUCUACUGUUUCCUUCAUUAGGGUCCAGAUGAGGUGUUUGGCCAUACGCACAGGGAUUGUGGGGUCACUCAUGGGUGCUGCAGCAAACCCUAAAGUCAGGCGCAAUAUAAACUAGCAGCAAAUAAAAGGACUAAAACUUAGCAGAGACUUUAGGUGCAUUUCAACCAAAGUAAAAUCAAUCAAUCAAUCUGUAUUUAUAUAACUCCAAUUCAUAAAAAACACAGUGCAAAAAGAGCAGCAGGCUGGGUUGGUAAGAUAUAAUGUGGUUCCAGUCUCAUUUGUGAGAUUUGGAAAGUUUUUCGAUUGAAUCAAAGCAAAGAUAUCAAGAUGCUUUUCAUUUGAUAGCUGCAGUGUAUGUUAAUGAAACAAAUCUCAGCCAUGCAGCUGGAGUUCAGUCAGUCGGUGAUGUGUUUACUACUCUGGUUUAUGUGUUUGCUCUUUAUAUCCUUUAACGCUUGAUUUAUCUUUGUAUUCACAUGUUGAAUGACUUUGCACUUAUCACUCCAAUCUGUGUGAACUUCCUGGGACUUUUGUGGACUGUUGCCUCGGUAGAGUUUCAAAAAAUCUGAAGCUCCUUAUUUCCAAAAGUGACUUGUUGCAGCAGAAAGUAUGGCAUCAUAACUUGGAUUGUCUUUCUCUUAUCAGUGACUGACUUGCAGCAAAACAAAACUCUAAAACAAAAUAGUAAAACAAACUUUUUGGAUCUUUAAACCUCAGUCGUUUGGAGUGCUUCAUCCAUGCUGAUUUAAAAGUUCAUUGGGUUCAUGUAGGGAGACGCUCAAACAGGUUGACAGGUUCAAAUACCUCAGAUUUACACCGGAACAUAGACUCACAUAUCACCCAGAUCCACAAAUCCCGCCACCGGAGACUGACAACCUUUCACAAAGAGUUCUCUGUCGCCUCUCACAUUCUGUGACUGCGUCUCGUAUUAUCCAUUCAAUCCAUCAAACCACGCAGCCACCGGUUUUUGUCACAAUGCUCUCUGUCUCCAACAGAGAAAAAACUGUCCCAUUUUACAUGUUCUGUCUCAAAAAUGAUUAGUCUCCCAGCCCCCAACCUUUCAGAUCAUUAUAACCGAGCCGUCACUGGAAUGAGACUCACCAGAGCACAUGACCUGGGAGAACCUCUCGACAUAUUUCACACUUUCUAUCAGAAAUCUCACACACUCUGAGAUGGAAAAAAGCAUGCUGGGAAAGUUUUAUCACUGCUACAAAAGUUCUUAAACCUGCACUUUGUCAAUAAUCCCUCCUCCUGUGUUAGGGUCUGCACCGACCCGUUUUUGAUUUUAAAUGCUUAAGAAAACCUUUUUGACUUUGUCAGGAACCUCUAUAUCGACAAAAUAAAAAAUUAAAUAGACUAAAUUAUAAAAUGCUCUUAUUAAAAUUAUGGCACUUGUUCUGUGUUAGGGUCGCUGUUGACCCGGAUAGAUCAAUAUCUAAUGAUAAGAGCAAAAUUAAAAUCACAAGUGAACUGUCAGGCACCACACUGACAGUCAGAUCCUCUUCCAAUCAUGUGAGAUUUAGGAAAUUCUUACUUUGCCGUGUUUUUACCUGCACAAAAAACAACAUUAGGCAGAACAGAGACAGAGGCACAGAGAAUUUUCUCUUAAGGCACACAAGCAAUUUAUUAGAGCGCGUGCAAAUCCUCAACUGUGCAAGCUGUCAAGAGCCCAAUAAAUUAGAUACAGCUAUCUUGUUGUCUUAUCGUCUCACUAUCCGAGGAACACUUAAUGGAGAGUCGAUUUGUGAGUUGUAUUCUCACAAGUGUCUGUCCUUAAAUGGUUCAACAUCAGCUGAGGAGUUUUAAAUCAAGUUUUCUCUCAAUCAGCAGCUCGAGAUAAAAGUAAAAGAGAGCUUCAUUCAGAAUAACCAUGAUGUUAUAAACUUGAUUUGGUUACAACCUGUCAAUCGUGGGAUAAACGCAAACUGAAGUUUCUGACCAUUCAGCGAUGGUUUCUAUUCAAACGGUUUUGCUGAUUUCAAAGUGAGAAAACAUGUUUUGAAUGUAGCAAACUUAACCUUGAAAUAGCUGCCAUUUAUGAAUAUUUUAAAAACUGUUGGCUCCAAGCUUCACUUUACAAAAUAAGACUGAGACUGUGCAGUGAAAAGGCUAAUGUGAAGCACUCUUUGAAAUCACUUGAACUCCUGAAUGGCUACCUUAAUAACUGUCCUCUAAAUGCAUCAUGAAUAUACAGGAUAUCCUUGAUAAACUAUGCCUAAGUAAGCCUUUUUUAAGCUAACCCUCUGCUGUAUUUGUUAUCAAAGUCUGCUCUAGAGCCCUGCACUGGACUGUUUUCACCCCUGCAGUUUCUGACCAAUCCUGCCCACAAACUCUGACCAUCUAUGAGUAAAAAUGUGACAAAUAAGUUAGACCUCCGGAUCUCUGUAGCGUUUUAUUGAAUGUGUACAGAGUCAAAUGCUUCAUCUUUAAACAAGCUCGCUUUGAUCAGGGCGACAGCAGCAGGUGUGCCGCCUCAACCUAGACGGGCCUGAUUUGUUGCAACUGACCAAGUCCAAUUAUUUUCCAUCACUGUCAUCAACAAUUGAGGUAUUUAUCCCUGAGAAUUGCUUUUAUCCAUCUUUGUUUGAACCCAGCUUCAAUCUACGCAUCUACAUCAUUAUCUGUUUCCAUUGUUGGUAGCACCAGAAACAUCUGGGACAUAAAGUAUCCCAAUCGCAGUGAAACUUUUUAUUCUAACCAUUUUAUCCAAUUUACUGUCCAAGAACUGAGUUAUAGAAGUAACUGAACAUCCAAAUUUGCAACAAAUCACAGAUAUUAAGAAAAUUGUGCAGCUGCAGAGGUUGUACAAAUGUAUUUUGCUGUGAGAUUCUACCUUAAAAACACGCUGACUCUAAAAUGAGCUGAAAAGGGUUUAAAAGCACAAUGCGACAAAAAACACCCAGUAUAUUGAAUUUUUACACAAAAUGAUGUUUCUACUCCCUUCACUAAUCCUCAGAUUUUCUUUGAACUGCAGCUUGAGGUCAGAACUGUCCAAUUAAUGGUUGUUAUACUAUAAGAAUCAGACCUGUUUGGUUCCUUUUAUAAUACUGUUUAAAGCUGUGAGUGCACAAUACACUGGCAGUCCUUUGGGAUUCAAUUAGAUGGUGUUUAUGUUGUACUACAAACAGCAGCGUGCCUCACUUUUAGUAUGGUAUAGGGCUAAAUCAGUAUAAAUCAAGGAGGGUAUCCUUGUAGGAUAUUAUCCUUUGGAAAAUGUGCUUUAAAAAAUGUGUAGUUCAAAUCAAGUGAGGCAUUUUAGACUUUGAAGUAUGAAACCUCUGGAGGCUGUACCGUACGGACUUCUUCUUCUGUUCUUUCAUUGCAUUAAAAGACAAGUUGGUAGUUUAUAGAUGAGGUCUCUGCAAACAAAGUAGCGCCUUCAUUAUGCUAGAGUAUCAGACAAUUCACUUUUUUUGUGCCUCAGGUGUUACCGAACCUCCAGAUUUCAUCUGCCUGCAGAAUCUACUGAAAAGGAAUAUGUGUCCAUAGACUUCUGUAGGCAAACAUACUGUAUAUAGUAUCAUUCUCAGUGCUUGUAGGACAUGGAAGAAGACUAGAAAAGACCCAUCUGUCGUUAUUGACAGGUGACUUUAGUUGCGACAGGUACAAUUUACUGGUAGGGAAAAGAUUCGAGCACAGGGGAAAACAAAUGAGCAAAACUCACGUAUAGGUGAGUUCAGGUUUUCUCCAAAGUCUGUUUUUGCAGCUGGGGUUAGGGAGUUCUUUCGGCCAAAUGUGUCCCUCUCCACCACAUAUCGCAUCACAUGAUACCACCACAAACAGAUUUAACCACACAGCUUUUACUUACAGUCCCACACAGAUCACCCACUCUGAUCCUCCCCACUUUAUAAGAGUUUAUGUUCGGUUCCUUGCCCAUCUCCUCAUUUCCUAUUUCUCUCUCAUCUUCUCCCUACUUUUCUCCCUAAAAACCUCUUGCCAUGAUUACUUAUGCAGAUAUGUAUUACUGCCUGAACUUACAGGUCAUUCCGCCUGACCAGCACAUGAUAAUGGCUCACUCAGCAGACUUGGAGGUAAAGUAAGGCUGCAUCUUCUUAUGUUGAUGCUUCUGGUGACAUCUGAUAAUGGACUUUUAAUGAGCAGAUAAAACCUGAUGCUGCUGACCCUUCAAACGCUAAGAGAAAUGAAUACCUGCUCCAGCUCUGGUUGUGAAUGUAUCUAAGUACAAAACAGUAUUUGAGACCUUAAGAGGGGAUAAUUUACCUACUGAGAGGACAUUUUCUUAUAUUACAGAUACAUUAGUGCCAUAAGACUUCAUCAGCGAGUUGUAUCAGUAGGAUCUCCCACUGUGAGGACAUUAACAGAAGAAGAUAAAGUAAAAUAAGAUUAGAUAAGAUAAGAAGAACUUAAUUUAUCCCUGAGGGGUAAUUCGUCAGUUAGGAGAAACUUUUCAAUCCAACACGACCGAUUAUGAGUCUGUGCAGGUUUCCUUAACUUGGAGGAAUUAUGUUCAAAACUAAUAUAAUUAUGGAAAUGAUAACAAUAAAUCUUCUACCAUAUUGUGUUUCAAGGUAGUUCAGUCAUAUCAUAACAACACUUGUAUGCCAAUUUUGUGAAUUAGUAGAUACAUAAUUUGGGGUGCAAUAUCUACUUACACAUCUGCAUGUGCAUCUGUGUGAUCUGGGCUUCGUACGAUACUAUAUACAAUGUGUCACUUCAUAAUAAGGGGCUGCAGGAUAAUGUGCAAUCAAACAUACAUGUUAUAUUUAUGUGCAAUAUAAAGAGGAUCUGAUCUUCCCGGUAGAUAGCACUCUGCACUUUAGCACUAUGGCACUUCAAUUUACACUCCAGCACUUUAGAAUUCACUGUGCGUAAUUAACACAGUCCCCUAACCUCUGGCGCAUUUUAUUUUGGACUGUAUGUCAUUUAGGUUGUCAACAGUUUAUGUAUGCCGUUUGUCUUUUAAUACGCUCUCUGUGUUUUAUUGCAAUUACUGAUGCUCGUUUUUGUUUUAUGUGUUGAAACCAACCUGUCAAUGGGACUAGGGGAUGGAAAUGAGCCACCUGGUUAGAACAAGGGGUGGGAUAAAAAAAAUCGAUUCACAUAAGUGUCGCGAUUUUUUGUUUUACAAUUUUUUAAUCGAUUUUUGUUUAAAAAAAAAUCGAUUUUUUUUUUUCAAAUUGAAGUAUAACUCUUAAAAACGGAUCUACAUGUGAUGUGUAUUUUUUGGGGAAAUAUGGUUCCUGGAAUAGUCACAUGAACAAUCAUAAUCAUUCAACUGUUUCACUGGUGUUAAAAAUGCAGACUAAAAAUCAAGAAAAUCGACAAUAUUGUACAAUUGUUAUUUAAAUUGAAUAGGCAUUCAAAAAAUCAUAGAAGAAUCGAAUUGGGAGAAAAGCAUAUCGUCCCAGCCCUAGUUAGAACCUCAUUUAUUUACAUGUAAAUGUUCAUUAACACAUAUCAUCCCAUUUAAAAAAAAAUAGAAAGAAAUCAUAAAUCUUGUGUUUAUCCCAACUAAGGCAACGGCUGAAGUUCCAUGUGAUGUUCUCCAUCAAACAAUCGCUAGGACACAGCCUAAACACCCACUUGUAAUAAUAUCAGGAGACAAAUAAGAAGGUAUUGUUGAUGUAAGAUUUUAGUUUAGGUUGGAGAGCUCAAAACACAAACUCAACCUGCUCUUAAUCCUUGAACUUUGCUGAGAGGGUCUAAAGCUGUUCAAACAUUUUCAGAAUGAAGCUCUUCAUAAACCUGCAGGUGUGUAGGAAGCUUUAGUUCAAUCAGCCGUCUGCUUCUCCUAGUAAAUCUCUGCAUGAGCCCCGGUGAGUCCCCAGUGCCAAGUCGCACGCAGAUGGCACCGCCCUCGCUGCGCCCCACCACUGCAAUCCUGCCCAGUCACAAAUCAAUACUGCUGGGCGAGAAAAGGAGGGAGGAUUUAUGGAGCCAGGGGAAGCACAGGGGACAACGAGAGGGAAUAUGUCUGUGAUAAUGUAAGAACAAAGAGGAGAGAGGGGUGGAAACCGAGGAGAUAAAUUGACAGGCAAAAUGAAGAGGACAGAAAUAGAUAGGGAGUGGUUGGGAAGAGAAAUGAGAGGAAGAGGUGGGGUGAGAAAGGAUGAGUAACGGUAAAGUAGGAAGGAUGAAGAGCCAAGGCAGAAAAAGGAGGGGGAAGACAGCUGCGGCAGGGAGGACAGAGAGAUCAAGCCAAAAGGACAGAGAUAAGAAGUAUGUGGGACCUGAGGGGACAAAGGGGGGUCAUACGGCGUGGACACGGAGAGAGAGGAGGACAAAAAAAGGGAGGUUAAAAAGGAGGAAGGAGGAGUAGGAGAGAGGAAGGAUCCCAGCAGGGAUUUCCGCAGGGUGAACUCAGCCAGAGUGCGAGGCGCUCUGCAGAGCUGAGCAGUAGGUCUUGAAUUAUUAAACACAAUAUUUUGCAGCCGAGCAAGCGGCUGUGGCCAUGUCGGAUGUAUCUGCUGAGGGGGCAAAGAUUGUGCACGUGUGUGUGUGUGUGUGUGUGUGUGUGGGUGGGUGAGGCAGGGUGGGGUGAGGGAUAGGGUGCAGUAUUAUAGUGUACCUGGGCUCAUAUGUUUGCAUAUCUUGUGACCGAGUCCACUUCAGGUCCAAAUGGUUUUAUUUUUCAUAUUGUGCAUGUCUCUUGGUUUUUCUUACUUGUUUGCAUGCUUGUGUGUGUGUGUGUGUGUGUGUGUGUGUGUAGUCAUUGCCCAUUUAGAGCUGCUAAUUAAUGAGGAAGUUUGAUCCUAAGGGGCCUCUGUCUAAACUCCUGCUCCAGUGGAGAGCAAGACAAACACAUGCAGUAAGAAGCAACCACACACGUGCACACUCAGGUGCAUCUGAUACUGGACUUCUUCUUUUUUCUGCAUUGAAAACACUUGUAUAAAGGAAUAUUUUAUUAACUUUUUUAUGGAUCAAGCACAUCAUUUAUUCGACAUAAACCUUUGCCUAACUGCGUCCCUGCGCCAGAUCAAAACCAGAAAACAUCUUUGUGUUUCAAAUGCUGCAUGAAAGAAGUGACCAUGAUUAUCAGGGAGAGUUAAUGCUCCUGCAUCUUUUUCUUAAAUGGCCAAAACUCACAUUACCAAGGAGUCAGGAAGGAUGUAAACUGCAGCGGCAUUAAUCUGCAAGAUGAGAUUGCCGUUUUACUGCCUGAUAGCUGCGGUAUUUCAAACUCUCGAGACACAUAAGUGAAUCUUGGACAAGUUGUAUUUGCAUGGAGAAUUUUCUAUCCCCGAGUUCAUCUCCCAUCAAGAACUUGUAAAAGCUUCACAUGACAUUAAAGGUUCCAUUUUAAGUCUGGAUGAGAUCUCGUUUACACAAAAGACCCCCCUCCUACCCCACCUCCCUUGUAACCUACCGUGUCUGGAUUUCUGGUGAUGUGAUGUUCCCUCAGGGCAACCCUGCUGCACCGUCAGAGCGCUGACAGGCGUAUUUGCAUAAAAACCUUGUUUUGCCCAGCCACGACACUGCCUCAUUUCUCCUUCCUGUCUGCUCGCUUUUCUCCUUGUCACCUCCUCUCUCUCCAACUCUCACCUUUUCUUCUCUCUCUACCCCGUCUGUCUGUCUUUGUUGCUCCUCUCUCUGGUCUUUUUCUAACCUGCCUGUGCUUCCUUUCUCUUCAUUACAUUGUGGAAAUGAAAGAUCUACCAUCAUCCCGGCGCAGAAAUAUGAUGAGCUGCUUUUGAACCGUACAACUCUCCUUCAAAGGCUGCGAAACCCUCCCCUCAUCUUGGGACCAUUAAGUGGUUCUCACACUGAUGAAUCACUAAGAUUAGAUUGGGAGCUCAGAGAGAAGCUGAUUGACAGCUUUAAAGUGGCUCUUACGCUCUCUCUCGGAUCUUCUCCCUCUUUCUGUCGUUCUAUCUCUCACUUUAUCAACCUCUCACUCCCUCUCACCCACACAUUUCCCCUCUGUCUCGUCGGAGUUGCUCUGGUUGUCCAUCUGCUCCUCUGUCCGCCUCAUUCUUCUCCGCCCUCCUCCUCAUUCCCAGUUUGCGAGAUUAUUCCUGGGCUCCUUGUGCUGUAAUUGAAUUUCACAUCCCUAAAUCGAGCUCCUGCCCUUGAGGACCACAGAGGAGGGCGUAAUUACAUUUCUGUUUGGCUGCAAAUUACAGUGAUAAUUCGAUAUGGCCUUUUUUCCAUGCAAUUCACACAGGCAGAAACAGGUGGUACCUUUAUGGGUAGAGAGUUGGCAGCCAACUUUGCAGUGAUAAAACAAAAAUAUAGUCUCUGUUACAUCCUAGCUUCUUCAGCGUUAGAUUUGUUCAAAAGAGGAUAAGAGCCAAAUGAAGAGAAAAUAAAACAAUAAUUACAGGAAGGAGAUUAAAGACAAAAUUUCAAGAUUAAAAAAAUCUAAAUCUAAAUUAUGUCAAUAAAGUCGAAAUUUCGAGAUUAAAAAUUGCAAUUUCAAGAUUAAAGUCGAAAAUUCAAGAUUAUGAAAUGUGAAUAAUUUAGAAAUUUCCAGAUUUAAAAAAUUCAAACUUCGAGAUUAAAGUUGACAUGAAUUAAGUCAAAAUUUCGACUUUUUCAAAUUUUGACUUUAAUCUCGAAAUGGAAAUUUAAAAAAUCUCCCUCCUGUAUUAUUUUUUUCUCUUCUUGUGGCCCUUAUCCUCUUUCAUAGAUAUGGGCAGCUGUAGUAACAAAGGAUGAUUCCCAAAAGAAGAGCUACUUUUAGGGGCUAUAAUGAUGACCUCUCCUCUAGCUAGCGAUGACACUGACCUUUGGUGGCCUAAGUAUUAAACAUCUGGAUUUGGGUCCAAGUAUAGAUACUGCUGGUCAAAUAUCAUUACAGUACAAGUAGAAGUUAUUCGGAUGUGUUAUAUGAGUUGGAGUACUGGCAUAUUUGCUUUUAAACCACUUUAUAAUAGUAUUUUCAGCUGUUCGCAACAUGUCUUUCAAGCAAAAUUCUAAUUCUGUAUGAGCCCUGCAAAAACUCUUUAUCUUACUCGUCCUCAAAGGUGUUUAAUUUGCUCUAAAAAUCUGCAUUUUUUGGCUCAGUGUGUAACGUGCUCUCUGGUGCCUCUGCAGCCAGCCUCUAGUGGACACUCAGGGAACUGCAGAUUUAUUAUCUCCACAUUGGUUUUAUUUCUCAAGACCUGGGGCCGUAUGCACGUUGCUUGGCAAAACGCGUUUAGCGGGCUAAACGCGUUUAACUCCUAAACACCAAAAAUGUCGGUAUGCACGUCACUUCGUAUAGCCGUUCCUAUACGGAUUUUCGCGUUUAAAGUUAUCGCACCUCUGGAGGUCCAAUAGCGGGUCUAAACGCGUUUAAAUAUGGCGGCACUCUUGUUGUUCCAAGGAAGACAGCGGCGACAAUUGCGUCGAAACAGGAUUUUUCGUGACAGAAAACACCCCUUCGACACGUAUGACGACCACGAAGUGUUCCGUAAGUUUAGAUUUCGACGGCACCAUAUUCUCGACCUCACACAGGUGAUUUCCGCUGAAAUUGAACUUUCGAACCGAGGAUUCACCCUCACUCCACUACAACAAGUCCUCGUAACCUUACGAUACUACGCCACUUGUUCUUUCCAAGACGUGUGUGGGGAAUUGGUAGGAGUGGAUCAGUCGACAGUCAGUCGAACCGUCACUCGAGCGCCACUCGACCCGUUUAAGACACAGUAAACGCGGUUAGCUAUACGGAUCCGUUUACAGCAUUGUGCAUACCAAAAUCGUAUAGGAACUAAACGCGUUUAAGGCCCGUAUAACUAAACGCGUUUAAGCCCUAAUCGCGUUUACGCCAAACGCUUUCAACGUGCAUACGGGCCCUGGAUGCCACUUAGUCUAACCUGUGCACAAGGGAUGGGUGAUAUAGGCUAAAAAAUUCAUCAUGGUAAGUUUUGCCAUACUGGCGAUAACGAUAAAAGUCCUGAUUAAAAAUAUUAUAAUUCCAAUCUAUAUUUUUGACUCAUUUUGUCUCGAGAACACCAGUUGGAAUAGUCAAAUAAGAUACUGAACCACAAGUUUAAGUGGUAGGCUAUAGAGAAAAGUAGUGACAUCUAACAAGUCUGAAAUGUGAAAACAUUUUUAACAUUUAUUAAAAACUCUUAUUGCACAGAGUGAACAGCAGCAGAUUCACUGCCUGAUGUCAGGCGUACCUGAUUGCGCUUAUCUGGGACCCUGAAUAUAUAUAUAUAUGAAUUGAACCAAGUCUACUGCUGUGCACUGAUCUGAGUGGGCAGGGGUCCUACCAUUAUGAGACACUGCCCUGAGUCACUGUCUGAAAGACGUCUACUGAGAGAGGAUGCAAAACGUUGUGAGAAUGCAAAAAGUUUAUGAAAUCCUCUAAUUACCGACCAAUCAGUGUGCUUGAUUGACAUGCAUUGUUCAGAUGACUGUACGUGUGUGAAACAACAGAGGUUAAAAUAGGCUAACAGCACUUAGACGAGCUGAUUGAUGUGGAAGAAACUUCUGGAGAAGACUUGUGUCGCAACAUCUGCAGCAGAGUGAACUCUUCUCCUAGACGACUGAACUAUUUUGUGUCUCUGGCACAAACUUCACUCUCAUUUAUGUGUGCGCCUCAAGCAGGGACAGAUUUACUGAAGAAGCGUUUAUACUUAUAUUAAAAAAUGCUUGUACGCUGCCUAAACCCCCCACUAGUUCAAAGUCUGGAAUCAGUGUCUGAUAAGAUGCGGCUUCGUCUAUCUGCUGCUUGUAAUCAGUGCUAAGUGAACACUGAGGAGAGAGUGAGAGAGAGAGAGAGAGAGGGUAGGGGUGUAAAGUGUUGGCACCAGCCCCAGUACUUGCAUAACUCACUGAUAAUUAGGGUUUUACUCCUGCCAAGUCUUAACCACUGCUAUGACUGUGCUUGUUGGCAGGAUAUCUGAAAAGACUAGGGGGGGGAAUCGUAAUUGAAUAGAACAGAAAUACAUAGAAAUAGAACAAAAAGACACAAUAGUCUCAUGUAAAACAGCCAAAACUGGCAUAAUCAGCUUAUGGUGCUGAGGAUUAGUGUUUUCUUUCGGGGUGAAUAAAGAAACUGAACGAAUCAAAGAAUACAAAGUCACCAGCUGUUUUCGUUGUGAGUUUGUACCCGGCUUUGUGGAGACAAAGACACACAAUACUCAUCCUUUUUCCUCCCCAUGUUUUUAACACCACCCCUCUUUUUUCCUCCCUGUACUGCUUCAGUCCCACCUUUCCCUCACUCCCUCUCUUCCCUUGGUUCCACACUCUUGUUAGCACCGCUCACGCCUGCCUGCCUGCCUGAUUAACUAACAACCCAAAGGAUGUUACAUCGAAUGGUGUCGGCGCUCCCCGAGAGAGGCAUCGAUUAGCUGGCAAGCGAUAACCACACAGACGGACGGCUCAGAGAAAUGAGCUCGGGAGAAGGCGCUGGAAAAAUGAAUGACUGCUGGGAGAGGGCAGCAAACCAUUUUCGAAGAAGUAGCAUGCACACAUUCAAGAGAAAAUUAUGCGUUUAAGGCCUAAUGACUAGAUAAAUCAAACACUCUGCCACAGUUUUCAAGUUUAAAAAAGAGCAGAAACAAGUCGCAGAGAAGUGGUAAUGAGCUCAAGUUAAUAAAGAAGCUUCUUAAAUGAGUGUCUGCAGAGCCGAGUAAAAGAGAGGGGACAUCUGUUCCUGCUGGAGCGAGACAUAUUUCAAACAUAGUUGAAAAAAACACUCUGUUUGUGCGUCUGUAGUGAAAGUUGUGAAGACAGAGGGUCAGACAAGCCCUUUAUUUUAUAACGAGGAGCUCAGCACCAACAGGCAGACUCACAUGGACUGAAUUUCUGAGUGGUGAUAAAUAUUUGGAAUUAAUUUUCUGGGUUCAGCUCGUUCCUUUUUAUCUGCUUUUUUUCCCUCCUGAUUCUGAAAAUCACAUUUGCAAAGGCGGCUUGAAGAGUUGAUGGUAAUUAAAGCAAGGACGCAAAAUCUGUCAUCUCAUUUAUGACUCAAAUAUUAGAUUUUCCAACACAAGUUGUCAUAUCUUAUCAUCGAUUUGUAACAAAUACUUUAAAAUUAUGAGAAAAUGUUGCACGAGGCCUCAUGGUUGCAUGGAUAUUACAUGGCUUUAGUUAGCCAGCUUUAAGUUCCUCCUCACAAUAGGAAGAAAUAUUCCCGUAUUCGACAGUUUGUGAACAUUUUCAUAUCUGAAAAACCUCAAAACUGGGUCAAUCCUCUGGGAGGUAAGGGGUCAGUGCUUCUCAGGCUGCAGGUUACAGCUCUGGACUCUAAUCAGAUAUGUGGUUGUGGUAUGUAGACAGUCACACAGAGAGGCUUUAAGUUAAAAGGCCAAUUAUUGUCAAGGUCAAGACCUGACACACUGCUGCUGACAUGUUGAUCUUACAUCACAGCAAAGAUCCCACAGAGGCGUUUAUGUUAGUUAACAAAGAAGUUUUACUUUAAGGAGAGGACUAAAUUACAUACUUCUCUGUGUAGACAUAUUAGUUUUCUUUAGCGAGUGUAAAAUUUAGAACAAGGGAGGGAAUUACGAGCCUCUGAACAGAGUAUUAUAACUACCCACCAAAGUGGGAUUAUGAAUGUCCAAGGCAGAUCUCAAGCGCAGAGCCGGUUUGAUAAUUAGACACAAAAGAAGCAGAACAGCUUUCAGACACAUGGCGCCCUGACUUCCUUGCUUGUGGGUUUUCAUCCACAUUCAAGGUUGAGGAUAAAGUCAGACUCUAUAGCAGGGAUUUGGUCUUUUUGAUGUUAAAAUCUGCUCUUUUUGGGCUGUUUUCAGGUACAUUUCUGGACUUGAUCUUCAUCUUGAGGAAGCGAGCUCUGGUUCAUGAGUAAUGCAGACAUGAAAGCACAAGCUUGUUCUUUGUAGUCAAAUGUUGCGUUCAUGUUAUCAACGUUUGGUAUAUUUAUGUUUGUAGGCAUGUGAUUUCCGCUGACCUGUCUGGCUCACUUUAUCUGCUCCUCUUCUUUCCUCUCUGUAGAGCAGAACUAUAAUGAUCGUCUCUUAUUCUCAGUUCACAUAUGACAAUAUCACAUGUACCAUCCCAAACAGCAGAAUACACCUUUAUGCAGAUGAUACUGUGUAUUAUCUGGUGAACAAAUAUGAUAUCCUCAGUGUGCAGGACUUAUUUCUCAUCUCCUCAGUCUUCCAUUGGGUCCCAAAACUCUCCAUCCACGGUAUCAGAGCACUUCCCAUACACCUGUAUGUGCUCCAGCCCUCUUUUCACACCUGUGCUGUAGCAGCUUCAGCUUUGAGACUAACAUUUUUGCCACAGUGUCCACAGGCAGAAGUGAAAUGAUCUGGACUCCUCUCCACAGAUUUAUUUAAUACAGAUGGGUAAAAGGUCUUUAUAUAGGGAUGUCCCGAUACAAUAUUGAUAUUGGAUAUCAGUCGGAUUACAUCGGCCUGCAUCUGAAAUUUCUGAUAUCAGUACUCCGAUACAAGCAGUCCAUUCCAGACUCCGCUCCGGCACUUCUAUCGAGCAGCGCCUGGAUCCAGCAUGCUGAGAAGAAGAGAAGUAAGAGUGACGUUGGCCUUGUGGCUGUAUUUUUUGUUUGAGUCCGAAAAAGACAUUGCAGAUGAGUGAAAAACUUGUCAUGCACAAUUUUGUUCCAAUAUCAGAUCAAUAUCGGUAUCGGUCAAUAUUGAAGGUUACAAUAUCGUAUUGUAAGUCAAAAUGUUAUAUCGGGAGACCCCUAGUCUCAUAUCAUUGUAGUCAAUAAAAACCUUCAACACUUCUUGGUAUCCAAAGGUGGCAAGUCUGAUCAGCUGGCAUGCAGAAUCAAGUUUAAUACAGCGGUACUCUAACUCACCAAAGGUUGUAUGUAACUUGGACUAAAGAGAGGAGUCUGAUGUGCAGACAUGGACUCUCAGUUUGCUUUGUUUUAUUGGCUCUCCAGAUGGGUCGGAGUACUUGUAGAGCUCCGGAGAGUCCUCUUACCCUCUGUUUGUACGUGACCGAGAAGACAAUCGAGAACGAGGAUGUGUGGGUAAGAAAGAGAGCGUGCUUCUGGGAGUGUUUUUUUUUUUGCAGGACAGACCGAGGCGCAGGGACAGCAUAUGUGUGUGUGAGUGUGUGUGUUUGUAGGGGGGCGGCAGUCAUGUGUUAUGCAGCGAGUCAGACUGGUGCCAUCUGCCCUGUAUCACGGGUCUAUCUGGGACUGCCCUCUCGUCUUUGGGCUUCUUAAAAGCUACUUUCAUCCUUCACAUAUCCCCUCUGUUUUUUCUUACCUCUCCUCUUUGUUGUGCUUCACUUUUAAUGCAGCUGUAGUUCAGGCUGAGGCUACUCUGUGUUCAAAUUAGUAAUUCUCUAAGCAUCUGGAGAGAGGAUUGGGGUAUUUGUAACUCAUGUUUAAAUAUUCAUCGGUGCAAAAUAAAGCGUGGAGCAGUGAGCUCUCAUCAUACCGAAUAAAAGACAAAUCAGCCCAAAAAGGCGACCGCUCAAGGGUGUGACAGGAGGCGCUGAAACCGAAGAGAAAGAAAGAUUUAUCCGUCAGUGAGAAAUCAGAGUGAGAAGAAAGAAAGGCCAGGAGAGUUUUUUUAAAAAAUGGGAAGGGGACAAAGACAGAGAAUGAAGAAUCGAGGAAAAAGAGAGGAUGGAGAUGAAAGCUCUUCUUCAGACCAACUCCCAGCUUGGCCUCAUAUCUGCUGUUACCAUGGUGAUUCAACUGCCGAUAUGCUGUCCCCCGAGACUGAAAACACAGGGAGAGAGCCAAAGAGAGAGAGACAGCAACACAAGGACAGGCAGAAGGGUAAAAUAACAGCACAGGUGUGGCAGACAAGGACUGCUGCGCUGCAAUGACAGAACAGUAUCCUCUCUGCCGUUCAGGAAACAUUUCAGGCUUCUGUGGAAGUUUCCGAGACAAACUCUAAUUUUCUUUUGAGUUUUGUCGUCAAAUUUGUUGGUUUAAGACGUGGCUGUAGCACAAGAUUUGGGGUCCUGUUACUAAAUCCAACCUUUCAUAGUUGGACUAACAAACCUGGAUUACACCGCUGAGUUGACACUAUCAAAAGCAGCAUCUGUUGAAUCUAGUUUUUUAAUCGUGGUCUAUUGUUUCGGUGAUGCAAAUCUUUCAUUCAACUUUGGCAGAGCCUGUUUUGUCUUCAGUUCUCAUAGCAGCCUGAUAUUCGUCAGCCCAGAUGGGUCCACAAAGGGCCUCCAAUGGGUAUAAACCACUUGGGACCCAUCUGCUAUCCGUAUCAGCUGAUUAGAUUGUGAGUUUCUCAAUCAUGUAAACUUCCAGGUUGUUCCGGCGUCGGCUAAGGCCUGCUCUGAGCCCAUGUCACGUUGAACCCCGACCUAACUAGGUAAAGCCCAUGUAUAGAUUUGCCGUCUUGCACAGGUCAACAGUAUCUGGGUAGAACAUUGUGGAGCAUUAGGCUGCUUAACUCUGAUUGAAUUCCGGACUAAGAGCUUAGAGCAGAUUGACUGAUGCACAGAAAGUAGUCGUGUCCAGGAACACAUCUUUAAGAGGAUGCUAUUGGUCCUCUGUGUCUGUGUGAACAUCUGUGGAUGGGAAGUUAACACUCUGAAAAUCAGAUCAUAAAAAUUUGACUGGAUUUUGGCAUAAAACAAUGUGAUUAUGAUUAAUCUGGACUUUUUUCAAGAUAAUAGUCACAACCUUAUGCUUGAUUGGGGUUUUAUGGUCUUACAUUUUGUGGCAAAUGCUUAAAAGAUACAACUUCAAAACCAAAUGCGACAGUCCAAAACUUGGGGGAAAAGUUCUGCAUAAAACUGCACAAACGUGUUAAAGGUGGGGUAGAAGGAGGGGAGAGGAGGAGCUGAGGGGAAAACUGGUUGGGAGGGUAGCGUUCACAUUCAAGAUUUCUCCGAAAAACUGGCACUUCCUCAGAUCCUGACUACCCCACCUUUGAUGGACUGUAUGUUAUUAUCAGACUGUUACUGAUAACCACCUUCCUGCACUUACUGUGACUGUGCAGAUCCAGGACAGGUGUUGCAAAUACCAUCUUCUCGAGGACCAUGAUACUUGCACUGGAUGUGUAUUGCAUCUGUCCCCUCUUGUUCAAAUGUAAAUGAAUUAGUAGAAAAUUGCAAAAGCAAAUCAUUUUAAAAACAAAUUAAAAACUGAUUUUCUUGAUGCCAUGGAAGCCUGCUGAAAAUUAAAUCUCACUUCCACAGUUUUUAAGUGUUUCACAGCACCAACAGCAAAUAAACAUCAGGCUUAUUUUGCACAUUAACAAAUAGGUCUAAUUUCUUCUUUUUCGGAUUAGACUCAGUAUGGUAUUUCAGUUAAGCUGCAGAUUCAAACUACCAACUCAAAAUCACAGCAGAACUCAAAGCCAGCACUGUUUUUGCAUUUUAAAUGUGCAAAUUUUACACUUUCACUCUUUUAGAACUUGUAAUUUCAAGUAUUUGAUCACAAUGAACUUAAUCCAAGGUCCUAAUGCAUGUUCCUUUAAAGUAAAACCAUAUGAGUGUUUUUAAUUAUUCAUCAUUAACUUGUUUUUCUUUAAACAAUAUGCCGCAUGUGUAUAAAACAUGAGGCAUUGUAUGUGCAGUUAGGCAUAUUGCACCAUUAAAGAAACUGGUUAAUAUUCCUAAACAUAACCUCAUUACUAACUUUGUAUAUUAUUUGUUCAACUAUACCACUACACUGAACAAAAACAUAAAAACCUAUCAGUCAUUACUAACCUCUCUCUCUCUCUCUCUCUCUCUCUCUCUCUCUCUCUCUCUCUCUCUCUCUCUCUCUCUCUCUCUCUCUCUCUCUCUCUCUCUCUCUCUCUCUCUCUCUCUCUCUCUCUCUCUCUUUCUUUCUCUCUCUGUCUCUCUCUCUCUCCACAGCUGUAUCAUUCAUGAGACACAGCGCGUCAGCCUUCGGAUUUGCCGUGAGUCCAGCCUCCAUUUCCUACUUCCCCUCAUUUCCAUUGAUCAAUUAGUCAUAACUUUGGGGCUCUGUGAUUUAUUAAUGAGUCCUGGUACCAAAGUGUAAUUGGUCCUUUUGUCUCCAAGGUAACAGGGCAAAGAAGAGGGACUGGGCAUAGAGCUGAGGUUGAAUAUCCCGAAGCCUUGUCUGUUUGCUUAAAAUAUCUGCAGAUUUUUGCCCAAAAUACAGCUCUCCAUCACCUCUUACUACUUUCAGGAAAUGACUGAAAGUGUGAUUACUGGAAAUAAUAAGAUUUGAAGUGAAAAUUAAAGCAUCUAUCACCACAGUGAGGGAAACUUGAUUAGCAUAAUUUGAUUAAAAUGUUAUAAACCAUAAUCUGCAGUGUUAGCUAUCUCCUCAUAAGAGAUUGGAUUUUAAUUAGCAAGUGCUGUGCUGUCGGUGACAGUUUUAAUAAAGCAGCAAGGCGACAAUGAAUGGAUAUAACCUUACACAGGGGUCGGAUCCCAAGAGCUGAUUGUCUGUAGUUAGCAGCUAUGAUAUUGAGAGUAGGCGUUUUCUUUGAGAUUUACAGCUGUAGUUUAUAAGCUGAGAAUUAAAUGGCAUAGUCCUGAGCCUGACUUGUCACUUCAGGGGACAUAUGACUUUAUUUUAGCCCUGUGUGAGACAAGAAAACCGAAAAAUACAGCACAAAGUCAUUUAUAAUGCAGAUAGUGACAUUUAUCAGCCGCCACACCCCGAGGAAUUUUAUACCCAAAGACAGGCUCUGGUCACUUAAUGCACUUUUAUUCAGUUCAUGUAUCAUUCGCCCCAGAGCAAACAUAAAUCAGAUCUUUUAAAAAGUGGUUAAUGAGAACAAUAAUUAUUCAUUUUCUUCGUUAAGAGGUUUAUUCUAAUGUGCGAGGACUUUGAUUUAGCCUUGAUUUGAUUUAUUCGCAUAAAUCUGCAUUUUCUCUUUGUUUCUUUUUUACAACAACUGUUGUCCAACGUACGCCACCACGUUUGUGAUAUAUGGGGCGUGCAGCAGUUUUAUUCCAGCAGCAUAGUUAUACAUCAUGAAACAAAGGGUGCAUGUGCCAUACAUCAAGCAGAUACAGUCCUGUAAGUAUUUCAAGCUGCACGAAUAUAUUACUUUUUGUGCUGGUGUGAUACUAGUUUACCUCUUUGGAAAUGGGCCAGGCAAUCCCAGUCAGCUGAACCCCUUUAUUGAGAAACCAGACUGAGCAUUCCUACUUUGCUACCGCUCUCUUAACUGUUUUAAUUCAGUCCUUUCCCUUACACUCUACUGAAGGAGUAUAUUUCAAAAUAAAAGCAUAGUUUCCUAACUGCCUAGCAGGAAAGAUUCUCAGUUACCUGAAUGUGCAGGUGUUUAAACUGCAAGAUGCCCAAGAAUUGAAGUGCGAUAACACUUUACUUGACGCCUAUCUCUGUAACACAUUAUAAAUAUAUGUAUAAUUGGUUAUAAUCACGUUAUAGCACUGUAUAACUAUAGUUAUAAACACUCAUUAAUGAUCAUUAUGCUUUAUAGCAAUAAUCAUAAUACAUUUUAAAGCAGUUUAUCAUGACUUAAAAGGUCAGGUAUUAUAAUGUGUUGUGAUUAUUGUUAUAAAUCCUUUAGAUAACUUAUGAGUGUUUAUAAUGAUAGUUAUACAAGUUUAUAAGCAAAUUAUAACACAUCAUAAAUAUAUGUAUUAUCCAUGUGGGCAUUGUCAGUGAGUUGUUAAAAGUUAUAACACAUUAUAUCCCUGACCUUGUAAGUCAUGAUAAAAUGCUUUAUAAUGUGUUAUGAUUAUUGCUAUAAAGCAUUAUGAUCAUUUAUGAGUGUUUAUAACUAUAGUUAAACAGUGCUAUAACGUGAUUAUAACACAUGAUAAAGAUUGGCAUCAAGUAAAGUGUUACCGAAAGGGCUUCUUGUCUUCUAACUAACUUUAAAAUUGACCCUGUUAUUAGCCUAGCUACCAAUGACCAGGAUCCCACGUGGAUAAUACACCCACUAGUAUCAAGAACUUCAAAAAGUACAAACUGUCCCUUUAACACCCUCUCCGUUCUUGUUCUGUUUCUGUUCCCGCUGUAGUUCGAUGCCACGCUGGACGUCAUGUCAUCGUUCAUCGUCAUCUGGCGCUACAGCAAUGCAGCAGCUGUGCACUCUGCGCACAGAGAGUAUAUGUAAGUACUGAAAUCCUCCCGCUGAGUUUAAUUAGAUGUGUGAUUAAUGAUUAAUCAGUACAGCCUGAUGCAAUCUGGGUAACAUUUCCCCUUUUGCAACAAAGUGAGACAGCUUUGUAUCGAACCCCCUCCAGUUAUCUUUCCUCUUCUGUUGAUCACAUCUACAAAUUCUGCAUCUAUUUGUCACUUCAAGUAAUACAAAUUGAGGCGAAAUUCAACUCCUUAAUGUUGUUUUUCAAAGUGUUGGAUGGUGUUUAAAUAAAAAAUGUUAUUUGGGAUAGUUUCAUCAGGGGUUUUGCCUGGUCUGACUAAUGAAAAACUGCCACAGCGGGCGAUGAUUAAAGUUUUAUCGAUGCCUUUAAUGACAUAUAGAUCUAGAAGAGAAGACGUAGAGAGAGGGUGGUCAUUUCUCCGGGCAGAAAUGAGGAAAGAGGAAACUUAGUGCAAGGAAAGUGUCUCUCAAGUGUUUCUGGUAGAAUUGAAGAGUGAGAAGAUGAAAAAAAUUGCGUUAUUUGACAAAAUAAAAGAUACCUUGAGGGGUUUUGGUCCUCCAGAGGCCUCGGCAAAAGCUCCGAUGCCCCAGGGCUUGAAGUUUCCCAGUCUGUGAACUCUACUGGAAGGAUGCAGCCAGUCUUUAGAAAGAUAUUUCCUCAUUCUGUGUUGUGAUGAUGGUGGAGAGUUCUUGUUUAUGAUCCGUCAGACUGUUACUGCUCAGUGGAGAUCUGGGGACUGGAAUAGAUGGCCUGUGUAAAGAAAUUGUUGUUUUUGUGAGGUUGAGAUAUUGCAUCGCUGUUUCGACUUGCCCACCUUCCAUUUUUUCAGAUUAAGUGAUAAAAAAAAAAGAGCAGAGGAAACCGUCACAUUACGAGCUCUGAAGAUGUGACGCCCUGUUUGAUAAGACUCCCAGUUAAGUUUGACACACUCAGCUGGAAACAUCAGAUAAUUUGAUAUCUUCAUUUGAGGGAGUCAGACUGAUAGAACUGAAUAGAAUCACUUACAGGGCGCAUCGCUGCUAAUCACAAGCCUGUCAGUUUGAAGGAGGGCAGCAGAUCAACCUGGUUCACUGAGCUGCUGUCAGGUUGUACACAGCGCUGCUCUCCUCCUUACAACAGCACCUCUAUCAUCCAAUAAUAGACACACAAAUGCAUGCACACACUCACAAUCUCAGCCUACAGACAUGACUUUAAAGGCCCACAAAUUAUUCUUAUCACCUCACCUUGCACAGACAAAGUAAGAGUGAAACCCUUCUUUUUAUACCCACAUAUCUUUCUCUGUGGCAGACGGAGCCUGGAGAGUUUCACAAAUGCUAUUUGGAACCUGAGAAAUUUUACAGGUUUUUAUAUGAAUGUAUAUAAGGUGUUAGUUUUUUUAUGUCUGUGUCACACCAAACUUUUAUCGCAUGAGAUUCCAAGACUUUGCUUUUGUAAAACAUAAAGUUUCAGGCAGCUCUGACUCUGACUCUGUAGUGGGAAUCACUUAAAAAUCACCUCCAAAAGAAGAUGCUGCAUCCACAAAUGUAGGUUAAAGCUGUACCAUGCAAAGAGGAAAUCAUAUGUAAACAUAGUCAAGUGAUGCUGGUGACUUUUCUUAGCCAAGCCCAUUAAAAAAGACUGAAUCUAAAGAGAAAUCUGCCCUAUGGUCUGGCAUGAGAAGUAGGGCUGGGCGAUAAACCGAAAAUUUAAAGAUACCGAAAUUUACGACUAUAACCGACGCCAUUUUGCCUGUAUCAAUAUAUUCUGUGUCAAAAAAAUAGAUAAAAGUUGGUUUUGGAUGUGUGUAGGUAGGCUAUGGUCUCAUGUCCCUUUAAGACGCUGUCCUACGUCAGAGAUGUGACUCCACCCAAUCCAGUCUGUAACAAAGAGGGAAAGACAGGUGAGGAGAUGGAGGACGGUUCAAAAGUUGUAGCGGCUGAAGUAGACGAAGUUAAUGUGGAGGGGGUGAGCAGUUUGUGGAGUAGUUAUCGUCCAUUUAUCGUUAUCGAGAUGAACUGCUCAAUAUAUCGUGAUAUUGAUUUGAGGCCAUAUCGCCCAGCCCUAAUGAGAAGUUUACAAAUCUGGGGAGGAAUCAGUAAUGCUCAACUUUAUAUAUACAGAUUUUGGAACAACAUAUGCUGCCUUCAUGAGGGAAACCGUCCAUAUAUCAGCGUGACAAUCCCAGAACAGCGUGGCUCUGUGGUAAAAGAGUCCAGAUGGCCUACGUCCCUGAUUUGUGACCAUUAAAAACAUUUGGACUCUUAGAAUCAAAUGAGACCCAAAAAUGUUAUUAAUCUGGAAUCCUCCAUCAGGCAAGAGGGGAAACAUUUAACUUUAAAACUCCAGAAACUGGUCUUUUUACUUCCCAAAUGUUUGCAGAUUAUUAUUAAAGUGGAGGUGAAGCAACAACACGUCCCUGUCCUAACUUUUUUGAAACUUGUUGCUAGAAUAAAACUUAAAAUGAGCUCUUAUUUCUCAUUAAACAAUGUCAUUUUUACAACAUUUGAUAAGUUGUCUCUUUUGAAAUAGACAUUUUAAUUUGAGCCUUACGAACAGUUGUUGUCAUUCUAGUCUUUGCGUGAAUGUUUUUAAUUUUAUUUUCAUCUUGCGGCUGAAACUCGUAUCAGACUCUCAAACUUUGGGAUUGUAAAAUGCACCUUUGAGAGAUGCAUCACUCAGAAAUAAAUAAAAAAGCUGCUUUAAUUCUCGCUGUUUCAUUGGACCAACCACCAUCAGUAAAAGACAGACACCACUGCACCUGUCGGAUGCUGUGUCUCUGUACUGUGGUGAGAUAAAUGGGAUGCAGAUAUUGUUAUUCAGACCCGUACAGCAGAAAUGUCAGACAGAAUGAUUGAUCAACUCUCCAGAGGUGAUAAAUACUUGUAUAUUUUUUUAUUUCUGCCACAACAAAGCAGUGCACAUUAGUAUCCUAUCAUCAAAAUCGUGUGUUUUUUCAUAAAUAAAGUGGCACCUUGAGCAAUUUAUCAUCUUACAAAUCAGGCUUGAAGAAGUUCAUUUCUAGUCUCAGAACAGUUACUGCUGCAACAAUACCCAUGAUGCACUCCGCCAGGCACAGUUAUCAAAUCAUCAUGACCUAGCUCUUAUUUGUUUAAGAGAAAAGAUGCAAAUGCCUCCAUCACAGGGCUUUCACACCCAUCUUUGUGGCAGAUUAUGUUUCUUUUUAUUUAAAAGAAAGGGACUGAAGAUGUAAAAUAUCUCUAAAAUAGUGAAAAAAAAACCUCACCCAGUUUUCAGAAUUGCCAUAGGCUACUGCUUGGAACAUCUUGUCCCUGAAUACUUGUAACAUUGGUUUGAUUCUUCACUGCAGAAAAAAAAAGAGAUGCUUCGAGGAAGUAGAACGGUUGUUGUGGCAUCAGUUCUUUUAUUUGUCGAACUUUAUCAAAUCUAUUCACAGCUGGAUCUGCAAAGAAAUCACACUCAUUGCAGCUAACGUCUUGAUUUUCCACCCUGUGUUUGUUUGUUCGUUUGUGUGUCUGCAGAGCGUGUGUAGUUCUCGGGAUUGUGUUUGUUCUCUCCUCCCUGUGCAUCCUGGGAAAGGCCAUCCAUAAUCUGGUGACGGGAAUGCCUCCAGAAGUGGUAAGACCACACACACUGACACAAGUCGCCCCCUCAUUUUUGAAUAUACUGCUACCUGUUCCUCUGUAAUGUUGUUUGACUCUCACCUGACUGUGCAAAGAGGGAAAUAUAUCACAUUGAGCUUGUAGGGCGUUGGGUUUUAACUUCUGAUUUGCCUGAGUAUGGUUGAUAAAAGGUACCGUUUUGUCAAGUCAGUCAUCAGCUGAUGAGUCAUUGACCCAGAAAAGCUGAAUCUGUGAAAAUCUUUUCAACGUUACACGAGUCAGUAACCGGUACAGUACACCACCAGAGUUUCCUCUCGCUCUAAAGCGUUCUCUUCAAACGUCUGUCAUCACGCCAGCUGGCAAGCACAGAUUUAAUAUCUUUAUAUUUAAGUCCAGACUCAAAAUAAAAAACCAACUGAUGUCUCUCGAGAUUGUCCGCUCCACUCUUAUUGAUGUUCCCCUGUGUCUGUGAUCCAAAGUAGGAAGUGACCUGAAUUAAACACCUUUUUGAGAUCUUGCAGAAGUUUUCAGGACAAACUCUUUUUUUUUUCUCUUCUCUGUCCCUCUAGGGAAGUUUGUAUUGUACUAGCAGGGGCGUGUCUAGAGUCUAUUAACUGGGGUGGCCCAGCUCAGGCAUUUAAUCAUGUAGGGAUGGUAUGAAGUCCUGUAUGUGCAAACACCAAUUAUUUGAAGCAUUUAUUAUAAAUGCUUAAAAUGUAGGGAAAUAAAUAAUGUAUUUCUCUACAAAUUUAAUCAGACAUUAAGUUCCUUUAUAGCUGAAAAGUGAAGAUAAAAAGUAACCUCAGUAUAUUUUCUAAAUUUGAGUCUUUAAAGUUGUCUUUUUACUACUUACCUUGAGCUUGAGCAGUACUUUUAAGAAAAAAAAACACUUCUGCAUUUCCCCAAACAACAUGAGCUCCGUGUUUAAAGCUGGAAAAGAAGCAAAAAAGAACAGGUGCAACCAUGUGUGAGAGAGAAAUCUUCAACAAUCUGCAGACAUGUGCUGCACAGACACACACACUGGGAGUCAACAUUAUUAUCUCAUGUGCAAACAAUUGGAAUAAACACACACAUAUACAGUAUAACGCAUAUAGAAUACACAUGUACCUGCACACAUGCUUCAUUCAUGCUGGUGAGGACAGUUUCUUUUUAUAGUCCUCUGCUGGGGCUCUUUUGACGUCAGAGUUUUUGUCUCCCUGCACCUGACUUUGUUUCCUUUUUUCUCUCUCCGACACAGACAAGCGCGCACACUUUCUUCUUUUUGUCAACAUCACCCACCCACACACACACACACACACACACACACACACACACACACACACACAUACACACCAUCCCUCUCCCAGGAGGUGUUAGGAUUAUGAAUAAGGUCCCAAAAUAGUCUCAUCUUUCUGUUGCUGGGGCACGGCCCGGCUCCGUUCUGUCGUCACAGUGUUUGGUAGGUGUCCACCGUAUCCUUUCCAGUUCUGCGCUUUGAACCCUGCGAUUUGGUUUGUAAAUGAUUUAACCUCCGCCAUCUGUCCAUAUCAAUUACCAGAGAGAGAACAGCCAGAUUUUUACGCUUCAAAAACACCUAGUUCCUUGUUUUAGUUUCAAAGUAUUAAGUUCCUCUGAAACAAGAUUUUGUCGCAGAGUCGAGCGGUGCACUUACAUCCCCCAAAAUAUCUCUGCGUUUCACUGUUGACGUUUUCCGGCUCAGCUCAGUUUACUCUUGAGUUUUUGGAGCAGCAGUGAGCCGAGAGGAAAUUUGAGUGUUGGGCUUUUUAACAGCAUCAGGGAGUGUCUUAAAGGUACCCUGUGGAGUUUUCCUGUAAACAGACACAAAUGGGUUGUCUAUAUACCGGAGGCCUGACAAAUAUGAAGAACACAUUUCCGUCCCAGUUAUAAAUGAACCACAGAUUUCGUUUGAACAUUUCCAAACUCUCACUCAGCGUGUUUACAUCUGCAGGGAGUCUUUUUCUUCUCUAGUGUACUCCAUGGCAUAACUUUCUUACGCUGCCAAAUGCCGAUGAGUGAAAUAACGUGUGUACUAAAUUUCCUUUUGGGGAUUAAUAAAGUUCUUCUUAUUCUGAAAGAUCAUCACUAUAAAUGGUCCAUACAUGAUGUAGUCCAUCUGGAUUAAGACAAAUGUAUUAGCCAUGGUCCUUCUGUUUGAGAGAUGACGAUUAAAAGACAGUAUCAAAAGUUAGAUCUGUAUCCACACCAGCGGUGGACUGGACCAUCAGGAUCACCGGGUCGAUUCCCAGUGGCCUGCGUGACCUUGGAACUUGGAAGCAGGCCAGGCCAGCAGUAAAAGGGUUUAAUUAAUUCAUGUCGGUUGCCGUGGCAACACGUAGCUGGUGCAACCGGAAGUAGAGCUGUGAUGUAAUCGGCUGCAGAUGCGGGGCAACGCCUAGAAGUGUUUUUCAUGCCGUCACUCUAAGAUGUGAUUGUUUUGACUUUAAUAAGGUCGCCGACCGACACCGAGCGACUACGUUGCUAGUGGUGCGUGCUAAUCCAAGUUUUAUGCCUCCGAGAACUUUAACUUUUUCUGAGAGGCUUUCAGCAUUUUAUUAUAAUACAACAGCAAUGUGGUAGGCUACAGCCUUAGUUGAAAUAAGUAAACAAAUAGUUAAAGGCAUGACUAAUAUGGAGUUUUUAUAACCAUUUUGUUUUUACUUCACAUUAAAUGUGCAGUUAUGUAGCCAAUGUUGAAUUCUUCACAUUAGCAUAAUAUUCACUAAAUCUGGCUUCAAAUGUCCAAAACUUUUCACUGGUGCUGGCAUUUCUGCGUCAGUGUGUAUUGGCCUGGCCUGGAUUGAGUCAAACUCCCGGCCUAAAUUAUGGUCCCAGUCCGCCCUGAUCCACACUGUGACAAAAUCAAUGCAAGUUCAGGUAGUUUACUUUUUAAUAAUUGCCUUUUAUCUUUCAUCUCUUAUCUCUUUUACCUCUAUCUUAUUUCGGCUUUACUGUCUUUUUAGCUUUUGUUAUACUUGUACUCUUUUCUUAAUUAACCUUUAAGGCCCUUUUAUUGUUUUAUCUCUUGCUCAUUUCUGUUGCUCUAUUUUAUCAUUACUAUUAUUAUCAGUAUUACUUUGUUAUUUUAUCGUCAUUAUUGAUAUUGUCUUUUAUAUUUACUAUCCUGUUUUUUUACUUUCAAUCCCCCUUUUAAUUGCAUUUUCUUUUUCUUACCUAUUUUAUGUUUUUAUGUUGGUCCUCAUGGUCUCAUUUUAUGUUGCAUGGUUCUUGUAUCGUCUGGGUUCCUUAUGACAUGAAAAUGGUCUUCAAUUCCAUUUAAACUGAGCUUUUUUGGUUUUAUUUGUCUUUUUCCAUGUGCUUCAAGACUAUUUGUCAAAACACUUUGCAAACUUCUGUUUUUACAAGUACUAUAAAAAUACAGUUAUUAUCAUUAACACCACUGUGACGAUAUAAAACUCAACUUUUUGUGCUUUUUUGAUAUUUUUUUUUGUCCCAGUUGUAAAAGUUGAACAGAUUUUAAGUGAACACUAAGCUGGAAAAAGGUGUCCCUGAAAUUAUUAGAUAUUCAUGAUGAACACUCAGCAUCGUUCAAAUUAAUUGCCAUCAUUUUCGCAGCAGUGAUAUCUCAGCGAUUAACUCGAUCAUGAAUAAAACUUCAACAAAAUGAGAAACAAGAUGAGCCAAGGGUAGAGAGAAAAGACAAACAGACUCUUGGCAUUGUUGUGGAUGUAAACGAGAUUUCGGUAAAGGAAAUGAACACAGAGAGAGAGAGUGUAUCUUGAUCAUUUUUAAGUGCAUGCUGUUCGGUGUAAAAAUUGACUCACCAAAGCCCCUUUGACCAGGAAUCAAACGAGAUAAAGUCAAGCGACUGCAGCCAACACAGAAGCAAGUUGAAGGCACACCACAGACUGUUUGAUGCUCCAGUGCCAUUAUGUUAAUGGAAACUCUGGGUGUUAGGUCUCAGAGGAGCUGCCUGACACCAGCAAGAGCCCAUUACCACCGCCUGUCUCUUUGACAUUCAUCCUCUUCUCUUGGCUCUCUCUCUCUCUCUCUCCGUCUGGGCUCCAAGACUUGCUGUCUCACCUGGCUGUGCUUCUCUUUCAUUGUGAAUCAAAAGGACGGCUUUGUGCGACACAAACAAAGCUUUCUCUGUUUCAUGUUUUCUAAGAACAAGGCAGAGAUUUUGCGCAGUCAUGCUGUGGAUUAUUUUAGAUUACAUUUAAUCCAUCAGUUUGUAUGAGAGUGAUCUAAGAUGUCUGGCUUCAUCUGUUAUGGAAAAUACUGUCACAUUGCUGCCAGUUGAGGCCGAAUUUUGUAGAUUCAGGAAAGAAAAGGAUGGGUUCAUAUCAUCCAGUGACUCAUUUGUCUUUGUCUGUCGAUUUUCCUUCUCUUCCAGCCUCGUACAUGAUCGCUCUUUCCUUGCCUAUCAAUCCACAUCUCAUCCUUUUUAUUCCCCCCAUCUUUCAUCAUUACAACCACCUCUUUCUAUAACCUCUCCAUACGGGCUCACCUGUCCGCCAUGGUUACCCAGACUCACCGCUUUGUUGUUUUCAGAGCCUCGCAUUUGUCAUUCAUAGCAUCCCCUUCUCUCUGCAUCCACCAUUUGGCGUUUUUGGCAGAGACAAGCUCUUUCGCUCAGGUCUUCAUCAAACAGCAGUCAGAGGUGAUUCAUCAAACCAGCGGUGAUCUGUUUGUGUGCUGUCUCCUUGUUUGUUUGCAGUAUGGCAUUUGUGGCUGAAGGAGACGGAUGUUAAUGAAAACUGAACAUUUUAAAGGAAUGUAGAUUUCGAAUUCCACUUGAGUAUUUCGUUUUGUUUUUGAUUUUCUGUCCUGGUGUAAACUGAUCAGCAGCUGAUGGAGUGGAUACUGUACAGUGUUGCUACCUUGAGAGCAGGGCUGUAAAAUCACUUCCAGUGGACAGCAAGGCUGAGGAAAAUCAGGAAUCCUGAUUCCCAUCACGUCCCGGGUUGCUGCUUUCAUGGCAGGCUGUCAGUGUGGAGGGCCUGAUUAAACACAAAGACCUGGUAAAGGCUUUACCUGCCUCUGUGAGGACACAAACACCAACACGACAAAUACAUGCAGAAAGCAAAUGCAUGCAGUCCUCAGAUCUUUAUCUCAGGGUGUUUCCCUCAAUAAAUUAGCAUCAGAAUAAGCGAGUAUUUGCAAGGAAUCAAGGGGGAAUUCCUCCUUAAUCCUUGAUGGUUACCUUUGGGUAAUGCUAUCUUAACCAAACAUUAAAGGUGGGGUAGGCAGGAUUUGAGGAAGUGCCAGUUUUUGGGAGAAAUCUUGAAUGUAAACUCUACCCCUCCCAACCAGUUUUCCCCUCAGCUCCUCCUCUCCUCUCCCUCUCUGCUCCAGCAAGCCCCGCCCACAAACAGACGCUCCUGUUCCAAUUUAAUUCAGACAUAAUGCAGAUAAAUAGAUGAUUUAGAUGAUUACAAAUGGGGAUGCCAACAGACUACCAGCAAACACAAUGUUUGCAGGACUUCUACAACUAGGAUAAAGUGACAUAGUCCAGGACCCGAGGUUUAGCGGCACAACAACACGCAGCAGGUCCGGUUUGACAAGAAACACUUCUGUUACACUUGGCUUACUUUGUUAAAGAGGUUUACCUGUCCAGCAGAAAGGUGACAGGGUUCAUAAGAUCCUGAAGCGUCCCCCAUCGUUUAUGCUACCUUCAUUGAUGUUGACCCGGCUUCUCAGUUCUUGUCCGGUCUACCUCAAUUUUUAGCGCCCAUUAUUUCGCCAGUCUCCGGUAUUACUACACAGACAUAACAAAACACAGCAAUAUUGUUACAUUACCAAAUGUCAUCAAUAACUAAUAACUAUUGACUGAUAUUAAAAUAUUUUUUGUAUAUACACCACAAAAAAGAUGCCCGCCUACCCCACCUUUAAGUCAACCCAUCAGAGGCGUGUCUUUAGCCUCCUAGCAAAUGGUUACACUGUACCUACCUGUCAGUCAAGUCAGCUAUACCUCUGGUUCACCGAUCUUGUAUCCUGAAUAACCCUGUACUGUGGUCAUUGGUGUAGCCCCAGGAUAAUCAGGCUAACUCAGGCUAUGUCAGUAAACUUUUAGUGAGACCACAGAAGAAACCCUCAGUAAGAACCGAGGGUAUAAUCCUGAGCGAGGGUGAAAGAAAAAAGGUUGAGUCUGUAAAAUAAAGAGUUGGAUUUUUCCUCAUUCCGUCCGUCCCAACUGUCUCUUCCCUCUCUGUUCCCCUGUUGGGCCAAUUAAACUUGAAAAAGAGACACUCUGGGGUCAGGUUCUGUUUUUUGCUGAGCCUGUUUGAGACAGAACACCAGACCUUCUCUCCACUCAGAAGCGUCAUCUGUUCGACCUUGGGUUGAUGCACCAAGUCAAGCAUGUAUAUGUAUUUUUAAUGGCUGAGCUGACAAAAGCUUAGUGGGUCAUUCUGUCUGCCUGCUAAUGCUUUUAGCGUCUGCACAGAAGAUACUGCACCAUGUGUAGCUUACUUGACUUAUUUGUUUGUACACUUUAUCCAUUUCCUUUCACACACAUGAGGAAAUACACAUCAUGCACCUCAAAAGAUGAGCUUUCAUCUCCUUUCCUCGCUGUUUUUUUUUCUUGCAGGAUGACUUCUUGUACAGUGUGUCCAUAGUGAGUGGGUUCACAUGCUCGCUGCUGGCUGUUGCGAAAUUCUGGCUGGGGAGAGUGCUGACGAGCCGUGCACUUAUCACUGACGGUAGGGUGCACACACACACACACACGCUCUCAAACACACACACCGUCAGGCCAAAUUAAAUAAGAUGAAUGAAUAAAAUCAUAAUAACUGAUUUUCAUGACAAUAUUUGAAAAUGGCAAAAAGAUGGACAUGAAAAAAGAAAUCUUGACUCUGUAAAUGUUGUUCAAUGGGGCGGUAAAUUAGCUUGACUUUAGCUACCGAUUAGCUGCUUCUCUGGCCAAUUAAUAACAGUAGGGGAGACUGGGGCUUGUUGUCACAUGGCUAAGUCGUCACAUUGCAGUUAUUUUUGCCACCAGAGGGCGCAAAUAAAAAGUGGAAUACUAGUUUUCUUCCUUUACAUGGUCAGGGGUCGUGUUUUGUCUGAGAAGAGAAGAGCACAUUGUGAAUAAUAAACAUUUUCUGUUCCUGACUUUAAAGUUCACUUUAAUGUAAAAAUCAAAACAGUAAUUUUGUUCUUGUUUUAUGAGGUGCAAAAUCUGUAGCAUCUUAAUAAUAAAUAAUAAAUUCUAUUUAUAACGCGCUUUUACAGGCACUCAAAGACGCCUUACAAAGAAAAAGAAGAAAAUAAAAUGAAAAAAAACACAAUUUUCAAAUACAGAAAAUUAUGAGAAAUAAAAUCAAUGGUGUAAAAGGAUAAAAAAAAAAAAGACAAUAACAGAUUCACAGGUUAAAAAGCCAAUUUAAAAAGAUGUGUUUUUAGGAGUGAUUUAAAAGUGUGGGGGUCAGUACAGUCUUGUUUGGGUUUGGGGAGUGAAUUCCAGAGGGUGGGGGCGGCAACGGAGAAGGCUAUGACCCCCCAAGUUCGGUGCUUGGUCCGACUGAUACAAGAUAUAAAAGUGACAUGAAUGCAAAAUAUAUACCUGAGACUUUGGUCUUUCUUGUGAUAAACAUUUUGUUGAUAUAUGAUGUUUUAAUUCCAAGUAAUAUAUAAGAGUGUAAAAUGUGUGACAACAAGCCCCGGUCUCCCCUAUUAGUGUUUUCCUGCAAGUCACAACUUUUUCUUGCAGAGCUGACAAACUUCCUGCUGUUGCUUUUCUUUAAACGGAGAAAAUAUGGCAUUUCAAAUUUCAUUAAAACCAUAUGUAUUCAUGUCAUAUUACAGAACACAUGGCAGCAUUUAUCGAGAGUCUUUUUCUAAAGGACUUCACAUUUUUAGUUGCCCAACAUUCAGCCAGUAACACUCACAGUCACAGUCUUUCCCCCUGAGCCACAGUUGCCUCAGUCAACAAUUACUAAACUAAUAAAAUUCAAAUUAGGAUCUCCAAAGCAAACACAAACUUCUGAAUAUUUAUAGAGCUGACUCACUUGAAUCAUUCGUAAUGAUGAAGAAAUUAUUGUGCAAACUGUGCAGCAAUUACACAGUGCGAACAAAUGAAGUAUCAUUAGCAAAGUGUAAUUAGGGUUAAAAGUAAAAUAAUAUACUUUUAGAGUAAGUAUUAUAUCUGUUGUUGAGCAAAAAAGCCCAGAGGAAUGAACAUAUCACUGUAAUACGGGACUGUUAUUGCUAAUACAUUCACUUGUAAGGGGCUUUUUAAUGGUUCAGCUGACUGGAGUGGGCUACUUCUACUUUUUAAGUGCUGCUGGGUGGUUAAAUUUACUCUAUAACAAUACAUCACAUUAUAUUAUGCGCAUUAAUCUGCAAAAUUACUAGAAGCUAUAAAUGUCAAACUAAUGUGCAGCAGUUAAACGUAGAACAUUUCUUUUUGAAAUGAAGUGAAAGAAUAGAAAAGGCUGAAAUACCCCAACCCUGAGUGAAGCGUACGAGUCAUGACAACCAGAAAGAAGCCGAAUGAUAAAGCCUUAAAUUGCAUAUGUUAGUUUUGUGAGGGAGUAAGUAUCAUUGAGAAAAAUAGUAGACAUUUGCACAUGUGCACAAAUCUCAGCACAAACACACACUGCACUGCACUGCACUACUCACACUGUUAUCCCUUGGUCUCAGAACACGCAGGGCAUCAAUCCAAUAAACCUGAGGUUGCUGUUCUUGGAGCCUGGAUUUAUUUCCCACAAGACUUUACACUUUCUGCAGGCGGGAAAAUAACCCUGUAUACUGUCUUUCACACAAGGUGAAAUGUAAUUAUAAAAUAACAUCAGCGGCUUUACAGUAUAGCUCAAAUACAAAGGGUGUAGUCCAGAAUUAGUUUAGCAAAAGUCAUUCAUGCUUUAGAGUUCAGAAGGAUCAGUAUAAAUGUUUUUGAUCUACCGCCAAAUGUUGGAAAAGGUUUGUUUGAAUGGACAACGAAGUUUGGGUCAUUUGUUUUUCUUACCUUUUCUGUAAAUACAAAUUUUUACAAACAAUUGCCUCUCAAAUUAAUUAGUAAACUAGAAUGAGGAAGAAACCGCCUGGUUCCUAGCAUCUAUGUCCUUUUGGAUAACAUCUACACUGAUUGAUUUUCAGGUCAUUUUUAAGGAGAAUAAUUCAUCCUGAGUUACUUUUUAAAUAAUCGGUUCAACCUUUCAUAAUCACCAAUGAAAUUUCUUUCCUCUUGUGUUUUUUUUAGGUUUUAACUCUCUGGUCGGUGCUGUUAUGGGAUUUUCCAUUCUGAUCAGUGCCGAAGUUUUCAAGCAUGAUACUGAUGUCUGGUUUCUGGACGGCACCAUUGGAGUUCUCAUUGGGCUCACCAUUUUGGCGUAUGGUGUCAAGUAAGAGAUCACGCCUUCGAGUCAUUUUUAAAAAUUCACAGAGCCUGAUCCAUAUAAUGUUGCACCAGGAUCAAAUUCACGGAUGCAGUUUUUUUACAUUUCCAUACUUAACAGUGAGACCCUGUUUCUUUCCCCGCAGACUCCUGAGAGAUAUGGUGCCCCGUGUGAGGCAGACGAGGAACUACGAACGUUUUGAGUGAGGGAUUCAAAGCGAGUCACACACAUCCACACACCUGGCUGCCUCCUUCUUUCUGCCCUUCUUCUCUCUUUCUUUUAUGCACACUUCGAUUUCACUUGCACAUGAAGACCAUACAGACCCUCAACGCUAAGGUUCUUCUAUUUAUACAUGUGCUGUAUAUAAUGUACAUAGUACAUGCCUACAUUCUGACAGAAACAAACACAAACAUCUCAGAGACUGUAUGAGAAAUGAAUAUGUUGGAAAGCACAGACUUUUAUUGUUUAUGAAACCACUACUUUAAAAGUUUAACCAGAAUCAAGAUAUAUUUUAAACAUUGAGACUAAUGUUGAUCAACAGGCACCAGGACACCCAGUAGUUGAUACUCUGAAAGUAAUGUUUGUCAAUGAGAUAAAGCAUCAAUGAAUGUACAUUUUACUCUAAUUAGACCACUCCAAAAAGAUUACGUUUUAAUAUAAACUUUGUCAGAAAUGCAAGUUAGAUUGGCAGUUCAAGAAUCCAUUUGAAUUUAGUUAUCUUCAGGGAUCAAAUCUGAAUUAUAAACAUGGUCUCUACAUCUAGACCCGUCAACUUUCCUUUUUAAGAGUUGAAACGAGUACAGGUGUCCCUUUUUAGACGACCUUUCUCACCAGCGUCCUCCCUCCAAAGCAGCCACUUUUCAUCCUAAUUUAGCGACAGAGAAAACACAAAAGCAGUACCGAGUCAGCAAACUCUUUUUUUCCUCCAAAUGAUAAAGAGCAUCAGCAAACACAGUGAGGUCAGCCUCAAAAUAGAAACUCCCUAAUAAAAAAAAAAAACAGCAAUAUAAAGCACAGGAGGCAUCGAGGACAGACAUUUGAUAUACAGGGGCUAUAAAACUCAGUGCACAGUUUAUAUGACAUUACAUAGGCCACACAUACACGUAAUGUAUUCAAGCACAAAUGAGCAAACUUAUUACUGAGAGUUCAGUGCAGAGCAGUUUUUAUUUCACACAUUUUUUUUUAAACUACUGCUGAUUUGAGGGUUUGUCUACUGUAUCUGAUUUGUUUUAUUCCCAUUUGUUGUUCACACCUUUUGAUAUGUUUAAAAUCAUGCACAGUAUAGUCUGUUAUUUUCUGAUUUCAAUUCAGAAUCUUAGUUUUAUACUUGAAACUUUGUUUGGCGUGGUAAAAUUUAGGAAGCUAUAUCCAACAACUACAGAAUAACACAAAAUGUAGAGUUGUUUACAGACAAGAUGGCCAUAAAAACAUCAGUAUUUAUAUUUUAUUUUGGUUGUUACACCUUUUCAGGUUUAGGAAAUAAAUAGAUGUGAAAAACUAAAGUCUGCAGGAUAGAUGUCAUUAUAAUCUGCUGUGAUUUACCAUCAUCAAAAUUGUCAUAGUUUGAAUGAGGUAUUUAUUAUUUCUAUUAAAAUUGAAAUCUAUUUAUAUUUUCCUCACAAAUCUAAAAUAAACAAGCACAAUAACAAAGAAACUGCAGAUAGUAGGAAGAUCAUUUCCAUUGUAAACCAUUUGAAGAGAUGUUUUCCUCUGUGUCUGCUUACCUGUUGCUCUGCAUGUUUCCCAUCGUUACUAUUCACCAUUAUGUGCAAUGAACAGAAUGUAAAUACGAACCACAGCCUGUAAAUAUGUUUAAUACGAUGUUUGGGUAGAAACAAAAUAUCACCAAUAGUCAUUUAUGGCCGACAUUAUGGGCUUUUCGGAGUAGACCGCUUAUCGUUUGAGUAUGGAUGACCAAUGUUGCAUAUAGUGAAAUAUGUUCAAUGUAUAGUGAUUAUACUGUACAUGUUGUUUUGCAUAUUGCUGUAGAUUAUUGGUGAAAUGAAAUGACAAGUCUUACUGUACAUUUUUGCACUGUAAGUGAAAACCUCAAACUGGAUGUAGGUGUGAUCUGAAGGCACUGUCCAAGGCUGUUCGAUCAACGGUUAAAACACUUUAUAGCUAAAUACAGCUGAUCAUUACCUGUAUCGUCGCUGAAACAAUUGGGGAAAAAAUGCAUUAAGUACAAUACCUGGGAGCACAAAUCUCUUAUUUCUAGUUAACUUUGGUGUCCUAUACAAGUCAAAUCAAAUCAAACAAAUGAAAUUAAAGGGAUAGGUAAAGAGGACUGCGAAAAAAGUCCUUUUUAAAGUCUGGUUAAGAAAAAUAUAUCUGAUAUCUUCGGUAAAUUUAUCACCCUGGAUGGCCAGCUUGUGCUUGGAUAAGCUUGUAGUGGUACCAUAAUGACAAAUAAGCUUUACAGCUGCAGACAGGGUUUGGAGUUUCAACCUAAUCCCAUCUUCAAGAUCAGGAUCAGUUCAAGUAAACACUGAUCAGCCAUAAACUCAUGACCACAGUGAACCUUAAGUCCUCAAGGUUGGUGUGUUAGAAGUGGGGUAAAACUGAGCAAGGGUUCCCAGUCCUGUUAAGGUUGAGAUUUGGGUUAGGUUUUCACAGAAAGCACCAAUAAUGGGCAAGUGAGCAGGACCAAAGGGUAAUGUUAAUUAUUAUUUAAGUCAGCCAGUGUCUGCCAUAUUCGUAGUAUUACUGAAUACAAGCAGACGUCUUAAGUGUAGGUUUUUGGAAUGAAAAGCAAUAAUAUUUAGAUUUACAAAGUCUGCAAAUGAAAUCAAAAGUAGUCACAACUUUUAAAGGGUAUGCAACAGGACCUUGACUGAGGUUUUGAACACUGUAGAGACACUGUAGAAACUGAGACCCAGCAUUUCUUGCAUAAACUGCACAUAAGAAUCUCUGAGCUGUUGUUUACCCUUUAAUGCCUGAGACCACAAAUUAUGGCCAGAAAAUGUAAAAUUUUUCAGAGCUGAAAUGUUUAUUUCACUUACUACUGAAAAACAAAAAAAAAGAUCAAAAUGUCCUGAAAAUUUAACACAUUUAUUUAUUUAUCUUGUUUGACACAUUAGAUGUUCUUGGAAACUGAUAAACCACAAGAGGACCUUUUUAUCAUUUAUCAGACUGUAUUCAGGUGUUUUUUAGCUAUUUGUUGAUCAUAUUGAUUUGAUAGAAGUAUCAUAAAAGUAUGUAUCAAACAUCAAAUCAAAUCAAAUUUUAUUUAUAUAGUGCCAAUUCACAACAGUCGUCAUCCCAAGACGCUUUCCACGCUCACUGUUUGAUGAAUUAUCAAGACCCAACUUAAGAUGGGAUUUGGCCCAUCUCAUCUAACUUGAGUAGAGAGCGAGAGAGAGAGAGAGAGAGAGAGAGAGAGAGAGAGAGAGAGAGCUCAUGUAAUGGUGAAACAAAAUGAAUUCAGUUUACAGUGUUAGGAUAUGAGUAAUUAUGGACAAUGUUAAAUUAAUUUAAUGUUAUUACACUCAGAAGGCCUAAUAGUAGUAAUAAAGGGCUACAUGUGCUCAUUUUGCAACAGCCAGGAGGUGUUUUUUUUACAGACAUUUGAUUGUGAGACUUCACAGAAUGCCCAUACCAAUAUGGCGUCAAUGUAAAAUCCAGUAGCUCAAUGCGGCGUCUAUAUAUAGACAUGCUGAUGGACUACAAAAUCUUAGGUAGGUGGUCAAAGUGUUAUGACUGAUCAGUGUUUUGCUGCAAAUUGAAUAUAUUACCUCUUGACUUGUUGUCAGUGUUGUUUCAGUUUAUAUUCCUGGUAACGUCCUUAUUCCCAAGCUUAUCCCUGACUCUGUCAUGUCAGGUUAUUUGGUCCUAUUAUCAGUCGAUGCAGAAUGAGCUCGCCAACCAUCACCAAAUUCAUCACUGUCCUAGGAGAGGUGAACAAUACACCAUUCCUGACCUGCAUGUGGAUUCAGAGAGCCCGUAAGCCCCCUUGUGGUUGAAUGUAGCAUGACUGCAGUUUUAAUUAGUAUUCAGUGCACUGGAUCCACAGGGAGAGUCUAAAUAUAGCGCGGGCUAACAGACACACUAACAAAGCCUUGGAUGGUGAUUCUGAAAGGGCCCUACAUCCUCUUGUACACUGUAAUUAUUAACUCUAGGUGACAUUCUGGACAAGUGAUUAAAUCAUUGGUGUUAUCUCUGCAGUAGUUCUUGUGUAAAGAAUAAGGAUUAGCUGUAAAUUGAAGGCGUGAAUCAGCUCACACCACUUCAGCUCACCAACAGCACACUGAUAUGUAAUGUCCCCUUUCCCCCCCUUUCUCUAAUGCAUAGAAGACAAUCUUUACAAUGACUUUUACUAGUAAAGCACACUGUUUACAUACUGCUACAACCACACGAGGCACAGACCGAACAAUGAUUAUUUUUAUUUUGGUAAUGAUAUGCUUUAAUUGCUAUAUCGCUAAUGUGGUUGCCUGUAUUGUGUUCAGACAAACUGAGGACAAGUUAGAUCUUGGAAGCAAAAUCAUUUCUACCUCUUUUGAGUGCAACUUGUUUUGUUUUCAUGCCACUUUUUCUGCACCUCCAGAGCAUCUGUGAUUGUUGCCCCGGCUCGAACUAUAUUAUUCAUGUAAAUCACUUUGAGUUUAUUCCUAUUCAUUGAGAUUUUUCAUCAUUUUUCUUAUACAGCAAGUCUUCUUACACUUUCACUACAUCCCACUAAAAAAAGGAGAAAAAUAACCUCUUUAAGGUCUGUGAAUAAUUUACCUCUGAUCAUGUUUAACUUUUUGCACAACUCAUUUCUUCUUUCAUCCUACAGGAGGUCUAUCAUAUUUAUUGCAAUAUAAAUGUAUCACAUAAUGUAUAUGGUUUCAUGGCAGUAGCUUAGAAACAUGCUUAAUUCUGCAGCUUGAUGAACUGUGCCAAAACACUGAAAAGCAUCAGUCCUCUCUUAUGACGUGUGUGUGUACCAUGCGAUUGUAUUUGUGCCGAGGAAUUGACUAUUCUCGCCCCAGCAGAGGCACCAAUCCAUUAUUAUUUUUCACAGACUCAUAAAAGCAAUAUCAAUCCUCUUCUCUGUUGCUUAAGGUUUUGCAUGUACUUGAAAAAAACCCUACAGCUGCAUUUUCAGCCUGACACACUCGAACACACAGAAACACAAACAUGCAAACACAGACAAAACAAACACACAUGGAAACGCGCGACUGAUUUCCAACAAAUCUGGCUGUGUUUGAAAGAGUGUUUAUUUGUCUGUUUGUACAGUAAUGACAUCAGUGGUAUUACAGAUGAUGUAAACAUCAUUUAUUUAUGUAAAAGAACUAUCUCUCUUUGUCAAAGAGCAAAGUUUUAUUGAUUAAUAAAGUUUUAUCCUGCUUAUUCAUCAACAAUGUCCACACAUGGUUUUGUUUUUUCAACAUUAUGGCAAAAUUGAGUUUGCCAGAUAACUUCAUUUUCCACUCUGACCCGUUUUGUAGCGGUUGUUAUGAAGGAGGCGAGCUUGAUGUCCAAUCCUGCAACACUUUUGGCUUCACUUCUGCAGAGCUGCAGAGCUUCUGCAGGCAUGUACUUCAUGAAUGAACACUGAGUGUAAAGUCUCAUAAAUAAACAGAGAACGGCUCAAUUCAGGAGGAGGAAACAUACAACAUCAUUUUAAAACGUUACAUAAUUAAAAAGUCAUAUAAAACACAACAAUACAAAAAUGUAUUAUUUUCAAUAAAAGUGUUAUUUGCACAUAAAUCCCAGCCGAGGUCAGGUUAGUUUCGCUCGUACAAUAAAAGCAGUGCAGUUUCUGCUAGAGUAUUUGUCUAUACAUGACAUCUAUUUGUCUAUAUUUUGGCUACGUUCACACUGCGGGUCAUGAUGCCCAAUUCGGAUUUUUUGUUAAUUCUGAUCUUUUUGUGCGGUCGUCCACAUCACAACAACGAAUGCGGCAUCUAAUGUGAACAGAAUGCGUGAACAGAAAGCACAAAUUGCUUUCCGUGCCCGUUUGUGUCGUCGAACAAUGGUGACGUUUGUCAUAUGUUGAUGACGUGUAGGUCGGAUGAACGCGACCUGAGCGUCCACACUACAGUCACAUCGGAUACAUAUCCGAUUUAUAUCCACAUACAAAAGAGGCCUGAGUCGGAUUUGAAAAAAAAAUCAGAUUUGCACUGUUCACACUUACAUGAAAAAAUCAGGUAUGUGUCACAUAUGGUUAAAAAAUCAGAACUGACCUGCCGUGUGAACAUAGACUUUGUCUGUACAGGCGUCUUUGAGCACCUGUAAAAGCACGUUAUAAAUAAAAUGUAUUAUCAUUAUUAUUAUUAUUAUCAUUAUUAUAAUUGUAUAGAAUAGUAAAGACCAACACAGUGAUCGGAUUCAGUUACACACCUGUGCAUUGCCAAAUAGCCCACCUGCAUCGUUGCUACUAUGGACAGACAAUGUAUGUUUAUGUUCCUUUUACCAGCAUUCAUAACCUACAGAUAUCAAAUUAGAUUAAGGCACCUUUAAGUUGAUUUCUUACCUUAAGGCUAUAUAGAGUCCCA